CGCGCGCGGUGCGUGGCGGGAGUGCCUCUCGCGUGUGUUUGCCGGGGAGUGGGAAAGAUGGCGGACGCCUUUGGGGACGAGCUGUUCAGCGUGUUCGAAGAAGACCCAGCCGCCGCUUCCGGCUCGAAAAAGGCGAAGGGGGCAGCUGAGGCGACUGCCGCUGCCGCUGCUGUAGGCAAGGCCGGGUGAGGAUCCAGGGGAGAGCUUGAGAGGGAGAGGCGGAAGGGCAAAGUUCGACCGUCCCUAUGGAGAUGACUGCCGUUUCGCGGGUUGUUGGACGCAGGCAAAGGGUCGCCCUCGAAGUGCCCCCAGAGACAACUAGAGGAGGAGGCUGUAGUUCCCUGUUCUUGUUAAACGUUUCUCCGUGAUAGGGGAUCGCUAACUUUCUUUGCAAACUGGAUAAAGUUUUGGGAGCACCACACAUCACCCCAAAACGACUUGCAAACAAACCCCACAUCGAUACAUUACAGCCGGGGGAAGAAAUACAUUAAAAAUACCCCACAAAUUUCUAAAAGGCCGCAGGCCUGGUUAUAGAGGGAAGCUUUUGCCUGGCGCCUAAAGAUAAUAUGAUGGCGCCAGAGGAGCUUCCCACAUGUGGAAGCCUUUCCCUUUCCCCCACAAUAAUCUUCUCUGAAGCCUCACUUGAAGCUCGACACCCACAGGGUUAGCUUCCCUGUCCCCACAGUAUUUCAGACUGUGUUGCCUGCAGCAAAUAACAGCAAAUUUGGAAUGAAUUCUGCGCAUAUUUGAAAGGUUUAUGCAAUCCGCUCGGUAUGGGAUAACAGAUGAGACAUUUCCUUCUGGUAGAGAUGAUAGAGGUGAUAACAGCUGGCCAAGUCCAGGGGAGGAGGGGGGGAAAUAUGGAAAAUUGUUAGAGAAAUAUUGUUAGAGGAUGUAUACAUAAAAAAAGCAAUAAAAAUAUUUUUUUUUAAAAAAACAACUGGCACUGUUGCCUCUAGUAGUGUCAGAUAAGUGAUGGGUCCACAGCCAAGCAACUUUGGAGAUGCUGGGUUUUUGCUGCUUGUUCUGGGAGUAGUGCAUGUAAACUCCACCAGGUCAUGGCCUCAUCUGGCAGCUUCCUUCCUUCCACAUGAAUUUUACCGUUUGUGAAAGUCAGUGGUUAUUACAGAGAGAACUUCAUAUCUGAAUCUCAGCACGAAGCAUCAUUUAAAGAAAUAGGAAUGUUGUAUUUCAUAUCCUGUUGGAAAUCUGUUGAGCUUUGUUUAGAUUUUGAGAGUUUACUAACAAUGACCCUUUUUGUUGCUUUGUAUUUCAGGAAACAAUCAGAUGGCAAAUCUGCAGCAUCCUCUAAAUUUCCAACAAAAACUAAACGAGAUGCAGAGGUCGAUAGCACAGACAUUCCAGUUUUUGAAAAGAAACCAAAGUUGGAAGAUACCACCGCAGAAGAUCUCAGGUAAGCAUGUUAGAGGCUGGAAUGGUUGCAUGAUAACUGGCCAGAAAACAUUACAACAAGCACCAUAAUUGAGCUUUCAUAAGUGUUUUGUAAGCAUUUGCUUAUAUAACAUUAUUCUGCCAUAAAUAAUCAUAUGAAGGAAUGCAUGUUUGAAAACUUCGUGCCAUGAAUACUUGUCCUCUUGCUUAACCUAAAGGAAAGACACAGCUUGGAAUUUUAGGACUUUGGAGUUGAAACUGCUUCUGUUGAGUGCUGUGAUAUACUUUUUCUGUUGUGUUUUGUUGACUAACAAAUUGAGUUUUCAUCUCUUGCAUUUAUAUCAUCACCUUUCUUGCAAACUUGCGAUGGCACAAGUUCUCUGGUUGAGGCUUCCUUUGUCUUUGUCUCUUUAAUAUUUUGGCUAGGUACGCAUGAAUUAGUAUUUGUUGCUGAUACUCAAACGUAUCAUUUUUCCCCUAAAUGCCAAAUAAAUCUAAUUAUUUUCUGAUAAAUUUGAACUAAGUAAAUGAAUAUAUGAUGUAGCCUCCUAAUUAUGAAUCAAUUGCAUUAAUAAAUAUUUGAAGGGAGUUCUCCUGUCCUGGCUGAUCUAAAGCAGACAAGCUACUUAUAGUGCAGUCUUUACCACAACUAAAUUUCCAGUCUCCUAAGGUUAGCCCUAUGAAUAAUUAUUGCAUGGGCAUCUGCCCACUUCCAUUCUUGGCUUUCCUCUUCCCCGAAAUAUCAUAGACUGUUACCCCAGUCCUUAAAGAUGAGGGAAAGUGAGUAUGACUCUGUACUGUUGUUUCCUUGAAGACCAGGAUGAUUAGUUUGCUUUAUUUCUGAACAUUUUGAUCUCCCUGCUGCUUUUAAAGAUUUACUGUUUAAGUUUAAAUGUUCUUAACAUUAUGUGAUUAGCCUCUCUGAUAAAAUGCUUAAGGGACAGGGUGUACAUUGGAAUAAUUAACAAAUGUUUACCCAUCUUUAAAAGGCUAGGGCAGAUAACUGGGAUACUAGUAUGAUGAUAGUGGGGGGUGGGAAGAGCAGAGAACAUACAGUCGUGUAGCACAGUUUUUUAUGGUGCAUUGAGCCUGGAGCAUUCAUUACUUGCCCCAGGUGACAAGAUGAGUAGCAAAUUGUCUUGCAGUUUUUUAAGCUGGCUUCGGAAUUGGCAUUUUGUGGGAAAUGUGUAAUAAUGAUUGUACUAGCUAAGGGAUUGACAAGCAUUGUUUUUUCAUAGUCCUUAGUCAGGAUAUCAUGAUAAUUACUUAAACCAACAACCUUCAUAAAUGUAUGGGGUAUUUCGUUAAUGAUUGCUAGUAUUAAGUUACACUUUUCCUUUCAGUUUGGCAGACCUCAUGCCAAAAAUAAAGGUACAAGCAGUUGAAACUGUUGAAGGUUGUACACAUGAGGUGAGUUUAAUGUUGGUGGUUGUUAUAUUUUGUUGCAUAUGCUACUACUUGUAUGAAUUUCCUGAUUCUUAUAGUAGAUACUUUAAAAACUCUGCUUUUAGUAAUGUUUUGAUGUUACAUUUUAAAAUGAAGUACUGCACUUUUCUCUAUAGGAGCAAAUCAUUCAUGUACAUUGGGGAAAAUUAAAGGAGGAUAUAGUUGGACGCCUUUGUAAUGAGGGCUAUCUUUGUCUUAGUGAUGUGUGCUCCUUGAUGUUAAGUGUCUGAAAAUGAAAACAAUUGAGCUGCCCUUUGUCUUCAUAGCCCCCAGCCCUAUAUUAUUUGUGUCCUCAUUUCAUUUAUUGGCUAAACUAGAAUAUGCUGGAGAACAGAAAGUGACUUAUAUAGGUAAAUAGCUGAUAUACAUAUAAUUGAUGUUGGUGGCUGUUUUAGAUAUUAAUAGUUAAACAGAAAAAAAACGGGCAAAGUUUUUAAGCUUUGCUAGCCUUUUUAAAAAAUGCACCCAUAAAUCUUACCGUACUAAUUUGCUGCAGCAAAUCUGUUAAACCCCAGUUGACGGGACAAUUUUCAUGGGGCUAAAAAUGUAACAUUUCAAUGUUUUUUCUCUUCUUCUCCAUUAGAGUCAAUUGUCACAUUUUAGCUUCAAACAAUAUCAUAAUUGUUACCAUUUUAUUUGAAAUGUACCUGGAGUAACUAGGAUGUUAAAUAACAAGUUAAUUAUUAUUUUUUAAAAGAGGUAUUGCACUGGCAUUGGAUAGAGCCAAUUGCUAGUGGUAGCAUUUAUUGAUGAAGAAGUUGUUUGAGACAGGUUUGUUUCUGAAACAAAGGGUUGUAUGCAACAAAGUUGUCCCAUUAGCACAAGGACUUACACCUGCACACUGGGACUUCAUCUUCUCUUCCUGUGCUUCUCUAUUCUGUUUGGGAGGGGUGUGGGGAGAGAAGUUGGAGAGGAGUUCUCAUUGACUAAACAACUUUGUUGGAUACAACCCAAAGGCAUUGGGAGCUUUGUUACUGAGGGAGAAUCUAACAUACUUUCUGAGCAAUGUUUUAGCAGUGUCUUCAUUCAGUUCUUUGCUUUUCCUGCUAAUUGUAAAAUGUCUUAGAAGACCAGUGGUGGGAGAGGAGUACAGGUUUGAAAGGUAGCUACAAAUGUGCAGGAAGUUAAUAAAUUUCAUCUACUAGUGUAAAUAUUUAAAACAUUUUUUCCUUAGGUUGCUCUUCCUGCAGAUGAAGAUUUUAUAGCUCUAAAGCCAAGAACUGGAAAAGCUGCAAAGGUUUGUGUUUUGAAUGUUAUAGCACAUGCAGUAGGGAUAUCUGGCUGGAACUGCUGGGUAGAUAAGUAGUUCAAGCAGGUUAACAUUUAAUAACAUGACUGCAUCCCAGAUUUCCUGUGGGGAUUACUUGUAUGGCCUUAAACAUAUAUUUGGUUUGAUACUCUUUGAGCGUUGCAGAAAGAUGAUGCAAUGAAUCACUCUGUUUGCUCAAGGCACUUUGGACAAAAGCACUAUCCAGAGUUCUUUGUGAAGGUCCUUGUUUCAAUUUCUGGCAUCUGCAAAUAGGGCUAAGAAACCCUAGAGAGCUGCUGCCAGUCAGAAUAGACAGUAUGGAGCUAGAUGGACCAGUGGUCUUACUCUGUAUAAGGCAGCUUCCUAUGACUUUUCAUUUGACCAGCCUUUUUGUUAAAAUUGGUUGGAAAGCUCAGUUUAACACUGGAAUGAGAAUAGCAAUAAUAUUAUUAGCUGGGACUCUUGAUAUCAUUCUAGCAUUGGGAUAUUUCCUUUCCUUAUGGGUUGGAUGAAGGUUUUUAUUCACAUUCUUGUUGUGUGUUUCUUCAUUAACAUGAAGUAUAGCAAAAUCUAUUAAUGCAGCUUCUUAGAAGAAGGUUAGCAGAUAACAGAAGUCUUAGGAUGGAGGUUUUUAGGCAGCGAUAAUGUAUUUAUCAAAAGUACUCUAUUUUUCAAUUUGAACUAGUCAUAAAUUCCAUGUAGACAAGCAAGAUGGCAAAGCUCUCUUCAGAAUGAUUUUUUAAGUGUAAUUUCCAUCAUACACGGGGAUAUCAGUUUCAUAGUUUAGCAGUUGCAUUCAUUUCAGUAUCCCAAGAGAUGUACAAUGUUUAUAAUGUCAAAACAGCCUGCACAAAUGUGCCAGCUUGUGGGGAUUAGUAUCAGGAGUGUAGUUUCCUAUGUUUUGGAGUUUGAAGUACAUACGUGAAAAGCCUUUAGUAAUAAUAAUAAUAAUAAUAAUAAUAAUAAUAAUAACAAUAAUAAUGGCUCCACUCUAUAAUGAAUUCAGGAGAAACAUUGGAGUGAUUUAUGAUCAAUUGUUCUAAAAUUUUAAUACAAAGUUACAUUCUACGAAAAUACUUGACAAAAAUGAAGGUAUAUGUGUUGAUUUUAUCCCCCCAGGAAUAUCCAUUCAUUCUCGAUGCUUUUCAAAGAGAAGCUAUUCUGUGUGUGGAUAACAAUCAGUCGGUGCUGGUGUCUGCUCAUACAUCAGCAGGGAAAACUGUGUGUGCAGAGUAAGUAAUUCUGAGAUGAAUUUAAAAAUAAAUGCCGGGGGGGGGCUUAUUGUAAGUUUCCCCAAAAUACUCAGUGGUGGAAAGUAAAAAAUCACUUGCAGAUAACCAGGUGAUCUUGGGCUGCUUUUUAAAUGUGUAUAUCACCUCUCCAGUUUUGUUGCUCACGGUGUUGGCAGUUGCAUUUCAGCGGUUCUCAACCUGUGGGUCCCCAGAUGUUGUUGGACUACAACUCCCAUCAUCCCUGAGCUCUGGCCUUGCUAGCUAGGGGUGAUGGGAGUUGUAAUCCAACAACAUUUGGGGACCCACAGGUUGAGAAAGUUUGCUCUGCAUGAAUAGGUGUGGGAGAAUCGGGAUGUAGGAGAGAGUCUAGAGAGGUUGGGUGUUGGCAGUGUCUUGACUCUUUAUUUGCAUGACUAGUUUUGCUGUACCACUUGGAAAAGCAUAAUUCGUUUUUUCCAAAAGUUUUUUUCUUGGACGGCUGCCAGUAGAAGGGAAGGGAAAGUGAUUUUUGCCAGUCCCUAGUAUCACCUCCCACACUGUUUUGGAGGGCUGGAGGGUGGCAUUGGAGGUUGUAGAGGGAGGCGGAAUCACAGAAUUCCCCAGCAGGAUCCCUCCACUGGGUCAAAAGCUUUCUGUGGACAGAAGACGACUUUCUGUUCAUGGAUGGUAAAGUCUGGAUCUGAUCCUUUGGUCUCUUGUUUAUUUUUAUAGAUCUGCAGUUCUUAGGCUGUUAAGUGUUUGGGGCAGAUUGCUAGCAGGUUGUAGAAACACCAAAGAGUGUGGAAUUGGACUGCUUGAGGUUUUCUCAUCCAUUCUCCUGUUUUACAUUGACUGGACUACUAUUUGCAUUUAUUGGAUUUCAGCCUGUAGCUUGUUUCUAAAUGUGUCCCCUUUACAAAUCUAUUGAUAGAUCUAAUAGCAAUGAAAAGUGUUUUGAAGUAUCUUUGUUUUUAAUAAAUGCUCAAUCGCAUAUGCCCUGCAGGUAUGCCAUUGCUUUGGCUUUAAGGGAAAAACAGCGUGUGAUAUUUACUAGUCCCAUCAAAGCUCUCAGUAACCAAAAAUAUCGUGAGAUGUAUGAAGAAUUUCAAGAUGUUGGUCUGAUGACAGGGGACGUCACCAUCAAUCCAACAGCAUCUUGUCUUGUAAUGACAACGGAGGUAAGUUUGUCUAGGAGUUACACUGUCCUGACACUGGUUUUCUCUGCUGGGGUGUGGGUGGCUCAUAUUUAUGUUUACAAAGAAGUCAGUCCCACUGUGUUCAAUGGGGCUUACUCUUUAGUAAGUGCGUUUAGGAUUACAGUGUGCAGUACCCAAUUUGUGUUAUUGAAGAUAAAACAAAUAGUUGUCUAUAGCAAAAAUAACUAUGAAAAGUCAAUAUACUAUGCUGAACCAUUUUAACUUCCCUCUGUCAUUGCACCUUUCCUUGUUUAUAGCCUUUAGUUCCCAUAUAGCAACUAUUUUUUUUAUUAUACAAUGGAAUCUUGGUUCUUGAACGUAAUCUGUGACUCCCAAAAUGUUCGAAAACCAAGGUGCAGCUUCCGAUUGGCACAGGGACCUUGGAAACAAUAGCCGACAACCGCAUCAGACAUUCGGCUUCUGAAAAACUUUCGAAAACCAGAACAUUUACAUCCAGGUUUUCGGUGUUUGGGAGCCAAUUUGGUCAUCAACUAAGUCAUUUGAGAACUAAGGUUCCACUGUAAUAAUUAAUAAUAUAAUUUUUAAAAUUUAUAUCCCGCCCAUCCGGCUGGGUUUCCCCAGCCACUCUGGGUGACUUACAACAUAUAUAAAAAUUCAACAAAACAUAAAAAAGAGAAUAUCCUAUACAAGCAGCAAACAAAUCAGUAGAAACCAAUAAUAACAAUAAUAAUAAUAAUAACAAUUAAGUACAUUAUGAAGAGAGACUUUGUCUGUGUGGGCGGCCCUGUGUAGAGGACCUGUGCCACUAUUUAUUGCAGUGCCUGUUAUAUAUUGACCCAAGAGACCGAUUCAUAAAACCCUGUUUCCGAAUGGAACUCACUUGAAUAGGGUGGAAAGGGUGAAAUGGCUGCUGAGCAAUACUGAUGACUUUGUAACUUAUAAAGUAGCACUCUGUGCGUUGGCAGCUAAGAGGAUCAGGAGGAAAGAACUAGAUAAAAUUGUGGUCAACUUCAAAGGGGAUUCAGAUAUUUAAUUUGGCACAUUUUACUAGAGAAUCUUCUGCUAUUCUAUUUUAUGCAACAAACAAUCUUAGUAGUUGUGACCGUGGUUUAUAUUGUAUGUGUGGUGCCUGAUGAUUUUCAUGGUUAUUGCUGUUUCUGUUUUCCUUUUGUUAUUUUUCUGAAUGAUUCCAUGGCCUAUGGCUAGCGCAAUAAAAGUCGAUGAUGAUGAUAACAAUAAUAAUAACAGUGUACAGUUAUACCCAACUUAAAAUAACCGUCAGCCCCAACUAAACAUUUAACCAACACCAACCCGACAAAAACAAAACAUAGGAACCAAAAUUAGAACCGUUUAAAACAUUUUAAACCUUUUUAGCCGGUUGCCCCAACCCAAGAGUUGUUCCAGCGGCUGUGAGUCUGGGUCCCGCCUCCUCGGCCAGGUGGAAAUGGGACUUGCAGGAGGGAGCAGGCUUCCUUCCAGCACUCACAGCAGUUGCAAUCCUUUAUAAGUAAAAGAUUCAUGAAAUUUCACUUUGGACCCUGGGCCUCAAAGAAAUCUUGCAUCACAGUGUUAUUUGUAAAUAGGGCUUGAAUUUUGGCCAAUGUAUUUAUUUUUGUUUAUAAUGCAUUAUAUGCAUUGUUCUGUGGGCUGAAGGUGAAUUAUGGCAGUGGUCUUGUCACAGUCUUCUUUCCUAAUUGAAAUUUCUUUUUCUUUUUAGAUUUUGAGAAGUAUGCUUUACAGAGGUUCUGAGGUCAUGCGUGAAGUUGCUUGGGUUAUAUUUGAUGAAAUUCAUUACAUGAGGGAUUCAGGUAUUGUAUUUUUGCGUAUGGAUUUGUGUAUGGAUUCAUACAUGCAGAAACCGGAUGGAAAUAAUGUGAAGGUGUGCUGUCUUACAACGUUUCCUGUGGGUUUUCUGUUUCUAGAACGUGGUGUGGUAUGGGAGGAAACCAUCAUUUUACUCCCGGACAACGUUCACUAUGUGUUCCUUUCUGCCACUAUUCCAAAUGCACGCCAGUUUGCUGAAUGGAUAUGCCAUCUUCACAAACAGGUAAAGUUCUAUAUGUCAAAUAACUUUUGGAAUCAUACUGCAUUAGAAGGCAGUGAUUUCUAUAGAAUGAUGCCUCAGAAGUUUCUCGUUAUUCAGUGACUUCAUUUGGAUGUUAAACUGUGGUUUGGGCUAUGUGAAUGAGCCCAACCUCCUCCUGGCUUGCAUGCAUCACCCCCUGCCCCCUUGGAGGAGUUAAGAAGCUGUUUAUUUCACUUUUACUUAAUGUCUGAACCAGGAAUUGUCCCUAACUUCAAGUAAUGGGCAGAUCCUGUGACUGAGCUUGCCUUCACAGGAAGGAAGUCAUUCAUCUUGUUGAGAAAACUGUAUUGGUAACCUAGCUCAGCUGGUUGUAAUAUAGAAGUUGAACGUGUCAAAUACACUGUGUACUGCUUAUAAAGGCACUAUAAAUUUUGUAAAUAAUGGGUUUAUCUCUUCCAGCCUUGUCAUGUGAUUUACACAGAUUAUCGACCCACUCCGCUGCAACAUUAUAUCUUCCCAGCAGGGGGAGAUGGACUCCAUCUUGUAGUUGAUGAAAAUGUAAGGAAUUGUUCAAUUGAUUUUGGUGAUGCCUGUACUUGUAAUAUUAAAUUCAAAAAUGAAAGAUGUGGGGUGACGAAUAAGGGCCAGUAGGCACAUCCAAAGGUUUGUGAAAGCCUACUACAAUAUUUGAUACUUUUAAAAUUGAACAGCAGAUAUUGAGCUAUAAGCAUAAACUUGUGCCAUAUGUGCAUCUAUGGCACAUAAAUCUUGUGUCAUAGCAAAGUCUGCUUUUGAAUACCCCUCCUAGUUUCCAAAAUGAUUUGCCAUGCAGCAUGGAAGAACAGAAAUCUGAAAAUAUUUUUGAGAUUUCUCCAGGCUUGCUAAUAACUCCCUCUUCUGCCUGGUUGGCAGGGACCAGUGCUAGGAAUAGGAUAUAGAGAGGAUAUAGGAUAUAGAUAUAGAGUCUAUGGUUUAGUUUGGUAUUUUUUGUAUCAAAUAAUCCUACAGUGUGGGGCUCCUUAAAUAUUAGAACAUAUUUUCUUAUUUAGGCUGAAUUCUUUGUUAAGGUUUUUUUUUUUAAAAAAAAAUAUGAUAGUGUUUCAGCCUCUUGAGUGUAUAAUACAUUUUCAUUGUAACUGCCCUGGGUCUCUAGGGCAGCAGUUCCGAACCUUUUCAGUAUGGUGACCACAAGUCCAAAUUUAUUUGGAAUAGUGACCCAUUGAUUUAUAGUCACAUAAAUUUUGGAGCUAGGGUCUUUGACAACCAUCAGUUUCAUGUAUUUUAAUGACAAGCUUGCCUAUUUUAUAACCAUUACUUGAGUAACACAAGCAAAACUUUACUUAGCAUCCAUAUUAAUGUGGAGUUUUGUUGAAAGAUUGAUAGUCAAUGACAGUUUUUAUGGGAAUGUAGGAACACCAAUCAUUGAUUGCAUCAGCUAUUAAAAUGUUAUUCCAAAAACAUAGAGUUUCACAAACAGCGUUAGUUAUAACAAACUGUGAAUGGGCUAUUUUGGCAUGCAUGAGUAGCAUGGCUGAGCUUGCAUUUUGCCAAUGAGUAGGUCAAUACGGGGCUAGAUUGUCAGACAUAGCCUCAGAUCAUUAUUGACACAUAGCCUGCUACUGUAUUUCAUCCUCAUAGUAGUCAUUGCUGGAAACCCUGCUUUGCAAAGAUACCAAAUGGCAGCACCACAGGUGUUGCUCCAUCAGCAAGAUCAGAGUAUUCAGUAGUUUUGUUAACAUGAAGCCAAAAUUCAGAUAAUACAGCUGCUCAGAGUGGCUGGGGAAACCCAGCCUGAUGGCUCAGUUUUAUUUAUUUAUUUAUUUAUUUAUUUAUUUAUAACCUCACAUCUAAAAAAAAUUAAUUGAGGGUCCUAUCACAUGAUAGCUCAAUGAGUUGUUCUUUUUAUAAAGACAACUUUGUAACAUCAGUUGCAAAUGGGUUUCACACCCCCUCAAGUUUCUCCGCAGAAAAGCAUUGGACAAAUUUUGACUAAGCAAACUUCAAAUCACCCUUGAUUAAGCUAUUAACUAACUUGGUUUGCCACAAGGCCCUCGCACAGUGAGCUGUCACUGGAUGUGCCGCCAGAGAGCAACUUUAAAAGCGUCAACAGCACAUUAUAAUGUGCCAUCAAAACCAAGUUGUAUCAUCAUGGCAUUUAAGGACAUUAAGGACUAAAAGCAGUCAUUAUGUUGGAUUUCCUUAUAAAGCCUGAAUCCUGCUUGCAGUUAAUGACUCACAGGUUGGGGAACACUGCUCUAGGGAGCUAUGCUGUUGUGUAAGUUAUACUGUGAUUUUUAAAAUACAGGGUUUUCUAGUUUCUGUGGGAUGAGGUUUUCCACCUUUCUCUUCCAACAGCCUCUUGGGAUACGGUGGCUACUGCACAUGCUCAGGGCUCAAUGGGCUGUUUUGGGUUGUUCCCCUGUUCAUAGGCUUUUUUCUGAGGUGGUUUUUUUUUGGUAGUUCUGCAAACCUUGGGAUUUCUCUGAACCUGGUGACACCUCUCUUGCAUUUAGAUGGUGUUGUUUACAUGUCAAUAAAGUUCACUUUCCCUCCCCCAGGGUGAUUUUAGAGAAGAUAAUUUUAACACGGCCAUGCAGGUCCUUCGAGAUGCAGGUGACUUAGCUAAAGGGGACCAAAAAGGUAGAAAAGGAGGAACAAAAGGUGGGUAUAAACAUUUCAGUGUAAAAUGUGUUGUCAGAUAAACAGCAGUGAAAAUUAAUAUAUUCUUCCUCCUAUCCUUCCACAACAUUUAUACUUAUUUCUGACUGUGCUGUCUUCGUAGGUCCGUCAAAUGUUUUUAAGAUUGUAAAGAUGAUAAUGGAAAGAAACUUUCAACCAGUAAUUAUAUUCAGUUUCAGUAAGAAAGAUUGUGAAGCGUAUGCUCUUCAAAUGACAAAACUGGACUUCAAUACAGGUGUGUACUAACUUCUUCCUGCAUAUACUUCUAAUAGAUGGUUUACUUAACAACGACCAAGAUCUAAGCUGCUUAUGGUUGUAUUCAACUAAAUUCCUCUUAGGAAAUUCCUCUUAGAAUGGACUCAUUAAAAUGAAUGUCUAUUAUAAACAUAGGUCCAUUCAUUUCAAUAGGUCUCCUCUGAGUAUAACUUAGUUGGACACAACACUCAGUCUCAAGUCAAGUGUUGUGUGCUAGCCCUUUUUAUUUCAAAAACAUGGCUUUUGAGACUUCCUCUGAUUCAAAAGCAGUUUGCUUUGUAGAAUAUGGAACUGCUGUUUAAGACAGAAACUAGUCCCCUUGACUCACAGAGUUCGGAUCAUGUUACUGUGGAUUUCGGCACGCAACAUGACAGUGUUUUUUUGCAAGAAUGCUGUGUCUGUUUUCACAGUAGUACAGUUUGCAAAAUAAAAUUGUCUUUUUAAUUUAUGCACUUUACUCAUAAAAUUUUAUUUAAAUAAACUAAUUACUGUUUGAAUCUCUUUGUGUGCUUGGAGCGUUGCAAGAGCACACUGCUGCUGAGCCCAUUUUCCACAGUAAGAGCUAUAUGUGUCAUGCUCCCUGGAGAGCUCUUUUGCCACCAAACGCUGGACUGCAGAAGACAAAAGUAAUCUGCCAAUUCUUUAAUGAUUUCUCCAACAUUUCAUUGUUUGACAGAUGAAAAAAAUGGUCGAUCCCAGAAUUUUUGUAUGUUCUUGUUACGUAUAAUCAACAUUUAAUGAAUUCUUAUAUAAACUUAUUAAAAGUGCCAGAAUCUGACUUAUUUAUGUUUCCUGUAUUUACAGCUCUAUAAUGGGUGUGGUGUAGAGGGUUCUUUAAAGAACCCAGAGCAGCCUCUGAGCUGUGUAACAUGGCAAGAAAAACAUCUUACCAAUUUAUCCCACAUCCCCAUUACUAUUUAUGAGUCAAGUUAUUUUGUACAUAGACUUUUUUUAGAGGGCUUUUUGGUGGUACUUUUGUAUCCUUUGGGUUACAAGCAUGAUUUUUUAUAUAUAGAACAAAAAUGUUUAUGCAGAGAUUUUUUCAUUUUUUCAGAUGAAGAAAAAAGGAUGGUUGAAGAAGUGUUUAAUAAUGCAAUUGACUGUUUGUCUGAUGAAGACAAAAAACUUCCUCAAGUGAGUGUUAAAGGAUAAUUAAGACUGUUCAGAAUUCUUAGACUGUGCAUUUUGUCCAUUUUGAAAGUGGGACGUUAAAGUGAGUUUAUGCUACAUGGCCACCAAAAAGUAAUGUCCAACACCUGUUUCCAUCUUAACAUUCAUAAAUGAGUUUAGAAAAAUAAAGCGCUCUAUCAUGUUGAAUGGCCUGUCUGGAAUCCUAGGCAAUGUAGACAAAACUUUGUUGCCCUGGAAAGCAACGUUCUGAUGAUGUGUUCAGUGGAUGGAAGAGUUGACUCUUAGUUUGCUCUCUUUUAGACUUACAAGGUAAUCCAUGAAUACAUUUGCUCACUGAAAUUUCAUGUAGCCACACAUGCCUAAAUUAGUGAUCUGUGGACUCAAAACAGCUAGUCUUUGUAAAUCCUUUCAUUUAGCCUGGAGAAAAUACUUACUUACAACAAGCAGUUAGGCAAGUGACUACUUACAAGCCUGAUAAAUCUAUGUAAUUAGGUUUGAUCCCUACUUUUGUGGGUGAAAUAUGUGAUCCAUAUUUGUUCUCAGGUUGAGCACGUUCUUCCACUUUUGAAGCGAGGCAUUGGAAUCCACCAUGGGGGGUUGCUUCCUAUUCUAAAGGAAACCAUAGAAAUACUUUUCUCUGAAGGAUUGAUCAAGGUAUGUAUUAUUCGGCAUAUAUUGGUAAUUUCCUUCACUUUAUGAGUGUCAUUACACAUUGGAUCUUUGUCACCACAGAAUGCACCAUGAAACACCAGAUUAUAAAUUAAAAACCACAGCAAAUUCCUUCAUAAAAUGCUUCUUAGGAGCUUUUUAGUUGUUAAUUGCUGGGUUUUGUGAUGCAGUCAUAUGGACAAGGCAUUUAUCUCUGAACUAAACUAAUGUGUGCAAUAUUGUAAGGUCCUACUCAGCAACAAAUAUUGCAAAGGGGCCAAAGGCAUGAGUUGAGCGAGAGCUGAAGGAACAUUCUUGCUGACAAACACUGUAAGAAUCAAGUGUUUUUCUACAAGUUCCUCCUUGACUUGAAGAGCAAGAGAAUUUUUGACAGAUCCUUUCACUUAAUUUUUGCGACUUUCUCACAUUCAAGCCAGCUGCUAACUAACAGACACCUCUACCUUUCUUUGUUGCCCAUGCUACAGAAUAGCUUAAAGAGCCCUCUGCCUGUUACUGUUCUGAUACAGAAGGGCAUGGCUAAUAAAGAUAUAUCCUUGGGAUCAGAGGUAGUAUGCUAGUCAGGUAGUAAACGUCUGGAAGCCAGAUACCCCUGAGCCUUCAGUUGCCUAGCUUUAUUCUUGGGUUAUAGACCAUCCAAAUGCAGGGAGAUUUAGUUCAGUCUUCAUCAUCUCAUGUUCCAAAACAGAGUUACUUUGUUCUUAUUCAUUGCUUUGCUUCCAUAGGCCUUAUUUGCAACUGAGACUUUUGCUAUGGGAAUAAACAUGCCGGCAAGAACAGUGCUGUUCACAAGUGCCCGAAAGUUUGAUGGGAAGGAUUUCCGAUGGGUAAGCAGAUACAACAUGCUGGAUAAGCAAGAUGCUGCAACACAUAGUUGAAGUCACUAAGUUUAUGACCCAUCAGUCUGAGUACAGAAAGCUACCAUUAGCAUGCUGAGCUUAAUUUCAGGGUUUCCUUUGUUGCUGAUUCUAAAGACAUUGUCUCCAAACAUUUACAUGUUGUUGCUUGGAUUUUGCCUUCCGUUUAUUUUUUUAUACACACCCUUUGUUUCACCAGUUCUUUGUUAAUUCACAAACCUUAAGAUUGCUGCUUCAGUUUUCUGUUGUUGCCUCCCUUCUCUCUGUUAGUUACCUUACUUUUGGAAUACUGAAAUACUGUUAGCGCAGUCACUUCCUAUAUGCAAAAAAUGUUUUAAAAAUACUGCUUCUUACUCAGCCUUUGUAUCCCCUCCUCCUGCAUCAUCCCUCAUGCAGCUUCCCUCCCAUUUGGACUGAGAGCCUUGACUUCUUUUUGCACAUAUGUCUAUUUGUCUAAUUUUGUUAUUCUUUCAGAUCACCUCAGGUGAAUAUAUUCAGAUGUCUGGUCGUGCCGGACGUCGAGGCAUGGAUGAUAGGGGAAUAGUUAUUCUGAUGGUGGAUGAAAAGAUGAGCCCAACAAUUGGAAAACAACUUCUUAAGGUAUCUUGAUCUCUGACGAGAAUAUUGCUAAAGGUGUGUAAAGAGCAUAAUGUGAAAUACUGCUCUUUAAUUUUAACUUUCCUCCAACAGUAGUUACUGUAGUGAUAUAUUAAUCCUGUAUUUCAUUUAGGAUAAUAGUUGUGCAAGGUUAUGCUGCUGGUUGGUUUUUGCAUUGGUCCCCCAUCCUCCAGUCAGCUGAAGUACAGAUCUUAACCUGUAAUCUUUAAGGGAAUCAGAAGCUGGCGCUAGACUUCCAUUUUUCAUAACCGGAGGGUUCCAGAUUUGAUAACAAAGCAGGCGUUUAGGAACUUCUUGUUAUAGAUAAGAGUGAAUUCAGAGUAGAGUGAUGUGGCCCAUUUUGUGCAUAAUGUGGUGAAUGUUUGGUUUUGGGUUUUUAAUGUUCUCCCUGGGGCGGAGAAUGCAUUGCACAAAAGAGAAUGUUAGUUUCCCAGUUACCUCAGUACACAUUGCAGUUCCACAUCUGUAAUACAACUCACCCUUUGUCCACUGUGUUUCUACACCAACGGCAACAAGUGUGAUGUGAGGAAAUACAUGGUAAGAUGCUGGGAAAUGGAAUAAUCUGCACUACAUGUUAUGAAGGAGGAGGAACUUUAUGCUGGCCUGCCAUCUUUGGUGGCAGACCCAUGUUAAUUGCAGCAUUUUGUGCUUCCUUGUAGGGCAGAAAAUGAGCACCUUGUAUACUCUAGUUGCUUUCAUUGGAAGAUGCCAGUAAUACGGUUCAAUUAAUCUCUGUAAUGCACCUGCUUAAAAUAACUAACAGAUUUGAACCACUAUUUGGAACUAUCGUUGUAGUGGGAAACUGUCAGAAAUUGGCAUUUCCCCUGUCCCUUGAAUCCAUGAGGUGCAUUGCUUCUAAAGGCUUCGUGACAGUGAGCAAAGAAGGGGGUGGUUAUGGGAGUAAUUCCAAAUUUAAACUACCGUAUUUUUCCGUGUAUAAGAUUAGGUUUUCCCCCUUAAAAAUAAUGUCCAAUAUUUGGGGGCAUCUUAUACAUGGGGCCAUCUUAUAGACAGAAAAAUACGUCUAUUAAGUAAAAUUGAGCAAGUUUUAUGUGUCUCCUGGUUUAGAUAGCAAACUGUAUUAAGGGCCAAUACUUUAUCCUAUAGUACAACAAACUUUUAUGGUUAAUCUUAGUUGUGGCUAAUGUAUUCCAGAUUGGGGAAAACAGAGCAGUAUUAUCUUACUUCCAUUCAAUUAACAGACUGUUUCAAGAAAGUUCAGCUGGAAAGCUUAAUUUGCAAUGCAGGUUUGAGUCCUAAGAAGUUUGGCGAAAUGAAAGAAAGCCUGGAUCUCUAAAUUGCUCAUUUUAUAGACUGGGAUCCCAAGAGGUCUCUGCCUGCCUGCCAAGCGUUUCCAUGAAGGGUGGGAGAUCCUGCUUUUCAGAAGGCCAUGGUGCCUCGUGCCUCAUUGAACAGUUCUCCCAAAAGUCCCCCCUAAGCUUGAGGAGUGAUUUUUCAGGGGACACAAGUAAGAAGAGCAGUCCUGAAGAGCUCUAGUACACAUGCAGAUGUCUGUGCACUGCCUUGACUCCAUGCAGUAAUUGGUAAACCUUCCCAUGGUUGGUUUUUUUGCAGGCUUUUCAUUUGUAGCAGCUUAGUUUUAUAAAAUGACAAUUCAUUUGGAAAUACAAUUUACCUAGGCUGGAAUCCUGAACAUAUGUCUUUUUAAUCUGUUGAAACCUGUGGGAGUUGAACUUGAUUCUGUGACCUCUUUGGCUCACAACUUGUGGCACUUCCCACGCUUCGGUCUGCCAGAUGCUCCCUCUUAAAUAACUGGCUGCCCUUGUGAAGAACGCUGUGGAUACUUCAUGACAAAAGCACUUCUCAAACACAGGGUUACUAACCAGUUGCGAAACUACAUAUCUCACCGCCCUUGCUAUUGGCUAUUCUGGCAGUGGCUGGAGGGAGUUGGGAGUCCCACAUCAUCAGGAGGUCCACAGGUUAGCCACCCCUGCUGCUCUGUUGUAUUGAUUCUCAUUCAGUUUUCCUUCAUGUUAUUUCUUACUGGAGGAGCCUAUAUUUUACAGUCGACCCCCAAAGCUAAUCUCUUGUUGGAAAUCGUCUCUUGAUCUCUGUGUUUAUGACAAGACAGAGACACAAACCUUCAAGCUGCUGCCAGUGGAAUCUGUCCAGCUGUGUAGAGCCCAUGUGUAAACAUCAGCUGAACACACAGACUUAAUUGCAGGCUUGUCUGGUUUUGCAUCAAGCUCAUUCGCAUAUGUUUCCAAGCAUCUCCAUGUGUGGGCAGGCUUUGAAAACUUAACUGACCUCAGUUUGCCAAGGGAUGUGACCUGCCAGCCCAGAGCCUGGCAUGGAUGAAUAGCCAGGGCAGUUCAGCAGCAGUCAGUAUGUUCAAUGCUUUGCUACUCAGAGCACAGCAGCUAGAAUAAUUUCAAUUCAAACCCAUUUUUAAACGUUUGUUCCAGGCAGGCUUAUUUUACAUUAGGCUUAAAUCUACCAGGCAGCAUAUCACGGACUUGCAUUUCAGGAAACUACAGUAUCACGUCCUUAAAUCUGUAUGUACCGGUAGUUCCUCUACCUAGUAGAAUUACAUGCAUUCUGACAAUGGUAUCUUAUAGGUUGUUUUUGUUACCAAAUUUUUACAAUUAUUUGGGUUGCCCCUAAAGAAACACAUCAGGCAGUGUUGUUCACCUCAGACAGAAGAUGCCACUCCCUCCUCACAGGCUCUGGACCUGGUGUCUUCCAUGGCGACACUAGGGCUCUCCCAGUUUGUUUCGGCCCCCACACAUCAAGCAGGCCACACGCUGGAUUUGAUCUUUGGCGUCGGUAUUGUUGGUUUCUGCUUUCCUUCACUGAGCAGCAACUGCAGUCACAAGACAGGUGUUUACAUUCCACAGUCUGUACUGUUGGAGUUUCUCACGGGAAAGGGAGACUGGAUGUGACGUACACUGGUUUCCUGUUUUUCACUGUGUGAUUCUCUCCAAGCUGUCGAGGAGAGAGGAUGCAUUUUCUGCUCUUGCAGAGGCAAGAUGUCUUUCUGUAAUAUACCAGCUUUGAACUGUAAAUAAAGCAAUAUAGAGUAUGUAGCACGUAUUCCUCAUCCUUCCGCUGGGCACGACAGACUCUGCUUUAAAUCAACACGUGGUUAUGGACUCCAGAGGUCGAAUCGGAGUGCCGGCAAAGGAUCGGAAUGCAGAGGGACGGAUCGGAAAGGAAUCUGCUCUGCGCGUAGAAGUGAUUGAUGAGGUAUGUGCUACUGCUCCGGGCAGCCUGCCAGCUUCAAGAUAAUGGCUUUAUGGCUGGACUUUGAACUUUUAAAGCCGGUUUUGCCGGGAAUAGGCAAAAGGCUCCCAGGCACAAGUCACUAUGCUGGGAAAUCGAAGUAACUUUUAAGUGUGCCUUUGUAAUAAGGCAGCUGCAGCAGUGACGCAGCAAGAUUUAAAGCAGCAUAUGACGCUGAAGGCUAAUGCCAGAGUCAUGAUGGCCCUUCAGGAUGCUUGUGGGAUUCCUAAGCUCAACAAGAAAAAUUACAGCGACUGGGUUCAGUAUGCAGAGGCAAUUCUGCGGAAAGAGGGUUUGUUUGAGGUGAUUACAGGAACCCCCAGUUCCAGUUACAGAUGCAUGGGAAGCUAAGGAUUCCAAAGCAAGGGAACUCUUACAUUGAUAGUAUCCCCAGAAGAGCUCUGUCUAUUGCGUGAUAAGACCUCAGCCAGAGAAAUUUGGGACGCUCUGAGAGAGGCUCACUUAAGGACAGAAGCUGGAUCCACUAUGUUUUACUUUAACAAGCUGCAUAAUAUGGCUCUUGCUGAAGGUGGAGAUGUGCGUUUACAUCUAAUGGAGAUGCAAAAUCUGAGACAUGAGCUGCAACAGAGAGGACUCAACUUUCCAGAGGCUGUGUAUUCUUUCAUGAUACUACAAUCUUUGGGUUCAGGUUGGGAGUCUGUUGCAACCCAGAUUGCUGUGCAACCAACUGCUCAGCUGACAGUGGACUUUGUUACUGCCGUGAUUUUAAAUGAAGCAGAUCGCCGGGGUGCUAGCUGCAUGGGCAAGGGGAGUCUUCACAGACGUCAUCCCAUAGUGCAGUGGAACCACCAGAUGGCGCCAAAGCUUUGAAGGCAGUGAAAUGCUACUCGUGUGGACGUCUAGGCCAUAUGAAGAGGAAUGCAGACAUCCCAGGGCCAAGACAGAGCAGCGCAGCGAAGCUCAUCGCGCGGAAAAGGCCGAGGCAAAGGCAAAGGUCCGGUGUCUAGGACAACGCAGCACAAGGCUAUGGUUUCACGCUUCACUCCAAAGGUUGCAGAGGUCCAGAAGACGUCUAGAUCUUUCUUCGUUGUUGAUUCAGCGGCCACCCACCACAUGUGCAACGAUAAGAAACUGUUUGUGUCUUUUACACCGCAGGAAGGUGCGAUUCACCAGGCGGAUGACCACACUAUUCCCAGUAAAGGCUACGGAACUGUUGUUCUUCACAGUUUGGACUUAUCGAUACAGAAUGUGCUUUACGUGCCAGACGCCAAACAUAAUCUGCUCAGCGUUGGACAGCUGAAUGAGCGGAACAUUGACGUUUCCUUCAAGAACAAGAAGUGCAUCAUCACAAAGAAAAAUGAUUAUGUAUUGCAUGCAGAAUAUGUUGAUCAUUUGUUUGUUUUGUAUUAUGAUGAUGUGGUGCAGGAUGACACUUGUUGCAUUGCAGGUUCUAACAAAAGUUUGCAUGCAGAAUGUAUUCACGAUUUUCAUCGAAAAUUUGGUCAUUUGCAUUUUGAGGCAGUAUCUAAAAUGCCUGCCUUGGUUGAAGGUAUGACUAUUAAACCCUGCAGGUACCACAUGAAGUGCAAAGCAUGCGCAGCAAACAAAGUGAAAAUGGCUGCGAAAGGUAAGGUGUCUAGUAGGAAAGCUACAGAACCAUACCAGGUUGUUCAUGCUGAUUUGGUUGGACCACUAUCGCCCUCUUUGGGUGGAAAUAGAUACUUCAUGGUUCUCAUUGAUGCAUUUUCUAGAUAUAUUUUUGUGUACAAUCUCAAGCAGAAAUCGGAGGCUUUUCCUAGGUUCAAGGAAUUCUGUGCUUGGUUGGAAAAUGUGCAUGGUAAGAAGAUAAAGACUCUUUUCAGUGAUCGCGGGGGAGAAUUCACUUCUCAGCAGUUUGAAGCUUUUCUGACUGAGAAAGGAAUUCAACACGAUUUGUCUAGUCCUCGCUCGCCAUGGCAGAAUGGACUUGCGGAGCAGGCAAAUCAGACAUUGCUUCAAGGAUUAAAAACCUUGCUGCAUGAUGCCAAUCUUCCAGAGAGUUAUUGGGCCGAAUCUCUCUCGUGUUUUGUUUACAGUUACAAUCGCAGAUUAUCUUCAGCGAUUGGUUGUACCCCUAUGAGAAGAUGUUUGGCAGAAGCCAUACAUCAAACACAUGAAGAUUUUGGUUCUGACAUGUGGGUUCGCUCACCACAAAACUCCAAGUUAGACAAGCGUGGAUUGCAUGGUAUCUUUCUAGGUUAUCAGAAAGGGUCUUACAGAAUAAUGAUGACUGACUCUAAGACAAUUAAGCUCACGAGAAGUGUUGAGUACAAUGCAAAGUGGGGGAGAAUGUGGGAAUUUUCCAAUGUUAUCCUGAUGACGGUGAUGAGACUGAGGAUAGUCAAAAGCAACCACAACAGCCCACACCCACUGAUGAAGGUUCUGAGUCUGAAUCUGAAACUGAAUCGGGUGAUUCAGAGGAUUUCGAGAGUGCGAAAGCCUCUAUGCGACCCUCUGAAAGCUCUGAUCAAGAAUUGGAGGAACCAUUGUUCACAAUAGGUCGUUUUCUCCUAAGAAGGAAGAGGAGAGUGUUGAAGACUUAAGGCUAAUUCGUAGGUCACAGAGAGCCACAAAGGCAAACCUCCAAAGAGAUUUGCUGAUGAGUUUGCUAAGAUAGCAGUAACAGCUGUUAAAAGCUCCAAGAAGGUAUUUGAACCUUCAAGUUUCCAAGAAAUCCAGGGUUUGGAUUCAAAGGAAGCUGAGCCAUGGUUAAAUGCCAUGAAGGCUGAGCUUGAUUCCUUAGAAAGGAACAAAACAUGGGAGCUAGUUCCAGUAGUUCCAGGAAUGAAACUGCUUGGAAGCAAAUGGGUCUUCAAAGCGAAGACAGAUCAAAAUGGCAAGAUAGUCAGACACAAAGCCAGAUUGGUAGCCAGAGGUUUUGCACAGGUACCAGGUGAAGACUAUCACGAGACCUAUUCACCCACAGUGAGAUAUGAAAGCAUUAGGCUUAUGCUCAAGCUAGCUGCAGAGGAAAAUCUACACAUUAGUCACCAUGAUAUUAAUACAGCUUUUCUGUACGGAUCUCUAGAUGAAUCACUUUAUAUGCUUCCACCUGAUGGCGUACAGGUAAAACAGGGAUUUGUUUGUGCUCUGAAGAAAUCCCUUUAUGGUCUCAAACAAAGUGCACGGUGUUGGCACACAAAACUCACUGAAGUAUUGUUUUCUCUAGGUUUUCAGCAAGGGAAAGCUGAUCCAUGUGUAUUUGUCAAAGAGGAGGGGCAAAAGAAACUGUACUGUUUGUUUUAUGUUGAUGAUUUAUUAUUCUUUUGGAAAGAUGUUGCAAUGUACAAUAGCGCCCUAGCUCAACUGAAAGAGCACUUUGACAUGAAAGAUCUUGGUGAGGUAAACAACUACCUAUCUCUGGAAAUAGAGAGAGAUCAAGAUGGUAACAUUCUAGUACACCAGUCACGGAAAAUUGCUGAUGUGUUAAGCAAACUAAAUCUGAUGGAUGCUAACCCUGUAGACACACCGAUGACAACAGGUUAUCAGGUAGAUGACACUGAAGAAGCAUUUUCUGACACUACACUGUACAGGAGUGUGCUAGGCAAGCUAAACUUCAUUGCCAGAUGUUCAAGACCAGACAUUGCUGUUAGCUGUAAUUUGCUAAGCAGACAAGUCAACAAUCCUAGUGUCAAGGAUUGGAAAGCUCUGAAACGCAUAGCGCGGUAUUUGAAAGGCACUAUGCAUUACAGACUGAGAUUUAACAAUCAGAAGUCUGGUGGUCUUGAGAUAUUUGCAGAUGCAAGUUUUGGAAGUGACGCUACAGACAGGAAAAGUACGUCUGGAGUUUGCUACAUGUACAAUCAGAGUCUGUUUGAUUGGUCAUGCAAGAAGCAAACAACAGUUAGCUUAAGUACUUGUGAAGCUGAACUGAAUGCACUGUCUUAUUCACUUAAGGAUUGUGAAUGGUUAGUACAAUUGUGCAAAGAUAUGAAAAUUCCUGUCAAAUGUCCAAUCCAGGUUUACCAGGACAACAAAGCAUGUUUGGCUUUGCUGAAGUCUGAAGGUUGUAAGCAAAGCACAAAGCACUUACAAUUAAAGUUGCAGCAUGCUAGGGAAUGUAUUCAGAAGGGACUCGUAACGGUGUCCUAUAUGCCAGGUAAUGAAAUUCCUGCUGAUGUAUUGUCCAAGAUUGUAUCAAGGGAUCAACACUGUACCUAUGUGCAGAAGUUGGGUUUGUACUGAUAUUGUGCAAACACGCUGCCCAGUGAUGUUCACAGAAAGGGGGAGGAUGUUGGUUUCUGCUUUCCUUCACUGAGCAGCAACUGCAGUCACAAGACAGGUGUUUACAUUCCACAGUCUGUACUGUUGGAGUUUCUCACGGGAAAGGGAGACUGGAUGUGACGUACACUGGUUUCCUGUAUUUCACUCUGUGUGAUUCUCUCCAAGCUGUCGAGGAGAGAGGAUGCAUUUUCUGCUCUUGCAGAGGCAAGAUGUCUUUCUGUAAUAUACCAGCUUUGAACUGUAAAUAAAGCAAUAUAGAGUAUGUAGCACGUAUUCUUCAUCCUUCCGCUGGCCACAAGACUCUGCUUUAAAUCAACAGGUAUAGAUGUGAUCAUGUUUCCUUCGAUGAAGGAAUCAUGUGAUCAUGUUUCCUUCGAUGAAGGUGCCAUGGUCUGAUCACUAUGCUCUGAAAGCCAGGAUUGACGUUCCACCCCCACCCAGCUUAGGUGGCGAGCCGAUUUGGGCUCGCCCGCAGAGGCUGAUGGACCCUGAUAGAUUCCGUCAAGCCUUGCGGGACCUUUCUCCCCCUGGCGACUCAUUGACUGAGCUUGUUGAGGGCUGGAAUACCCAGCUCCUGGCAGCCAUCAAUGAGAUCGCACCUAAGCGCCCUCUGCGACCCCGCAGAAACCGGGCUCCCUGGUUUACCAAGGAGCUCCGGAAAAUGAAGCGGGACCUCAGACGGCUAGAGCGAGUAUGGCGGGGUGCCCGUGACGGAGCCUCAAGAACAUCUUAUAGGGUUUUUAUGAAAACCUACGAGAUGGCGGUGAAGGCCGCUAAGAAGUCCUACUUCUCGGCCUCCAUUGCAUCCACUAGCUCUCGCCCGGCGCAAUUAUUUAGUAUAAUUCGGUCUUUAACGUCCCUCGAAGGACAGCCAAAUUUAAAUAACAAUUUGACACACAGCUGUGAGGCAUUUGCGAGCUUUUUUGCGGAGAAGGUCCUGUUGCUCCGCCAUGACCUCCCUGCCAAUUUGGAUACAAUAAAGGAACUGGAGGCCCCUCGACUGUCCUCGGGUCCAGUAUUGGACCACUUUGACCGGAUAUCCCCAGCCGAUGUGGACAGACUCCUCCGAGCUGGAAAGCCCACCACCUGUCCUCUCGACCCGUGCCCGUCUUGGCUGAUUAGAGCGUGUCCAGGCGAGGUGCGGGCCCCUGGGGAUAUCAUCAAUUUGUCCCUUGGCACCGGGACAUUCCCAGGGGAACUGAAGGAGGCAGUGGUGCGCCCGCUUAAAGAAAACAUCAUUAGAUCCCUUAGAUCUAUCCAAUUACCGCCCGGUUUCGAAUCUUCCAUUCCUGGGUAAGAUGAUUGAGAGAGCGGUUGCUGAACAGCUUGGUAGGUUUCUGGAUGAAACAUCGGCUCUGGAUCCAUUCCAGUCCGGCUUCCGCGCUGGUCAUGGGACCGAGACGGCUCUGGUCGCCCUAACAGAUGAUCUCCGCAGGCAGCUGGAUCGAGGCGGGUCGGGGCUGCUGAUUCUUCUAGACCUGUCAGCAGCCUUCGACAUGGUCGAUCACGAACUCCUGGACCACCGCCUUGCCGACGUGGGGAUCCAGGGCACAGUCCUUCAAUGGCUGCGCUUGUUUCUCUCUGGUCGGGAACAGAGGGUGGCGCUUGGGGGGGAAUUGUCAUCCCGCCACUCCUUGGUGUGUGGCGUGCCCCAGGGUGCGAUACUCUCCCCGAUGCUUUUUAACAUCUUUAUGCGCCCCCUCGCCCAGCUUGUCCGGAGUUUUGGGCUGGGCUGCCAUCAGUAUGCCGAUGACACCCAACUCUAUCUGUUGAUGGAUGGCCAUCCUGACUCGGCCCCAGACACACUGAUCAGAUGCUUGGAAGCUGUGGCUGGAUGGUUACGUGGGAGCCGGUUGAAGUUAAAUCCUUCGAAGACAGAGGUCCUCUGGCUGGGACGGGACGAUAUGGGAUUGAAGGGGCAACUCCCAUCUCUUGCGGGGGUGCAAUUAGUGCCAGCACCGUCCAUUAAGAGUUUGGGUGUAAUCUUCGAUACCUCCCUCUCCAUGGAGGCGCAGAUUGCAGCUAUAACAAAGGCGGCAUCUCCGCCAAGCUAAGCAGUUGGCUCCUUACCUCUCUCGCCCUGACCUAGCCACUGUGAUCCACGCGACGGUCACCUCCAGACUGGAUUAUUGUAACUCGCUCUACGUGGGGCUGCCCUUGAGACUGACCCAUAAAUUCCAGCGGGUGCAGAAUGCUGCAGCGAGACUCCUUACGACGUCUUCGCUGCGAGAUCACAUUCAUCCGGUGCUAUACCAGCUGCACUGGCUCCCGGUGGAGUACAGGAUCAGGUUUAAGGUGCUGGUUUUAACCUUUAAAGCCCUAUACGGCCUAGGACCCUUGUACCUACGGGACCGCCUCUCCUGGUAUGCCCCACAGAGGAACUUACGGUCUUCAAAUAAAAACAUCUUGAAGGUCCCAGGCCACAGAGAGGUUAGGCUGGCCUCAACUAGAGCCAGGGCUUUUUCGGCUGCGGCUCCAACCUGGUGGAACGCUCUGUCACAAGAGACUAGGGCCCUGCGGGAUUUGACAUCUUUCCACAGGGCCCUUUCCACAGGGCCAGGACAGAGCUGUUCCACCAGGCCUUUGGUCAGGGCGCAGCCUGACUCCCUCCUUUGGCAAUCUUUACAAAACUUUAGUUUAUGGUUGCCAUCAAUUUUGAUUUUAAUUAAUUUUUAUAAUGUUUUUAUAAUGUUGCACUAUUUUAGUGUUGUUAGCCGCCCUGAGCCCGGCUUCGGCUGGGGAGGGCGGGAUAUAAAUAAAAUUUAUUAUUAUUAUUAUUAGAAGUUACAGCAGUAAUUCAGUCCUUCUAGAACAGUGGUGGCAAAGGGUGGGCUGGAUCUGCCGCUCCCCCCCCCCCCCAUUUUGCUAAUCACAGUGGAAUUGGCUGAGGUGCUAGAACCAGCAUUACUAGAGCUGCUGCCAUUUGCACCUUCUGGGAAACAGCACCGAAAGAGGUUGCAUCUGCCUUCCCUUUCACACAAACUGCAGUUAGGUGUUGUAGUGGUGAUAACCAGCUGUUCCUGUAAGAGUUUGGAAAUAAAGAGGGAGGGUGGGUAAUAAAUGCAGUUCUGGGCUUCAGAACAGUGACAACACUGUGCCCAGAGAACUUACGUCUGAGUAGGCCUGCUUAAGUGCACACAUGUCCUUAUGCCCUCUUCCACAUUGAGGAUUAGGGCUGGGAGGCGGAGGAAGCACAUGAUGGCUCCAAGUCUUAUAGAGAAGGUGGCUGCAGUGGGAGGAAAUGUCUGGAACGCAGCGCACAUGAGCAGUGGUGCCAGGGAACUUGAGGGGUGGCUAUGCCAGCACCUGGUUUUCUUGGGGGUUUCUUCAGCCUCUUCCCUGUAUCCAAGCACUUCUCAUUACUCUCUUCCUGCUCAUCAGAUGCUUGAAUUGGGUGUGUUUGGAGUGGGUGAUUUUCAUUCCCACCAGGGUGCAGAGGUUUCAACCACUGCCCAGCCUCAUGAUGAGGACAAAGCAAAUUGUCUGCUCAUUAGGACAGUCUUGUGGUGAGUGGAGAGGGGGCAAUAACCUCUCUGCCUCCAUGUUAGAAGCUCUGCCUCCCCACUGAGAUGCAGUACGCUUCUGAGUGCUAGUUGCUGGAAGCCACAGAAGGGGAGAGUGCUCUUGUGUUUGGACCCUGGUGGCAGGUUUGCCACAGGCAUCUGGUUGGCCAUUGUGAGAUCUGGAUGGCCCAUUGGCCUGAUCCAGCAGGCUCUUCUCACAUGUCCCUGUGUACUAGUCAUACUCGUUUUUCAUUGUAUUUUAUUGCUUCUUUUAUUUCUUACUGUAUUUGAAUUCCAUCUGUCUUUCAAAAAGCACUGUAGCUUUUAGCACAUUUUAUUACAGUUGCUGAACAACAGGCAGGAUUAAGUUCCCUAGCAAUUUUCAAGUGGUCGGUGGGGAGGAGGUUUGGAGUUCCUGAGCAUUCACUCUUCCUCUGAAAAUUUAAAGCCCAGCAGCGAAAUACAGGGAUUCCUGUAAAGAAGAAGAAAAAACAGACCAUGCAAGAUAGACGUUGGUCCACCCUGUGUCAUACAGUUUGAAGCCUACAUAGCUAUGUUUGAUGUGCUUUUCCAUCUCUGGAAAAUGUUGAGCUGUUAGUAUUUCCCCUUUUUCUUUGCCCACUCUGCAGGUGCCAGAUUGCUUUAUUGCCGAAAUUAAGUUCCUUGGCAACUGCUUUGUGUUUGCCAAAUUGGUCAUAGUGCAGUAUUUUAUGGCGUGCUUUUCAGUUAAAAAAAAGGAAAACAAAACUGGGUGGGAAGGAUGUUAAAGUAAAAGUGUUAGUUAAAUGUUUAUUAUUUUAGCCAUUAAGGCCAUAACAACAAGUAGUGUGUGCGAAAAUGGGAAACUUCCUGGGAAGCUGUCAUCAGUUUUAGGUGUAAUGCAAUAUGCACACAUUGAAUAAAACACAUCUCAAAGCCCUGAAUUCAAGUCUUUAUUUUUCUUCCUUCACUGACAGGUUCCUUGAAGUCACAAACUACAGCUGGCAAUCUGAUUCUAUCCAUCUCCUACAAUUUGCAGUGACCCUUUGUAAUUGGCAUCCUACAGCCAUACAAAGGGGGUGGGACAAGUGUUUUGAUAUAACUUUGGGCCAGUUUAGUCCUUAUGGUAAACCUCAUGGUUUAUCAUGACAGAAACAAGUUUCAAUAAGCCUUUGUGUCACCUGCUUCUCCUGCCCCCAGCACAAUUGUGAGGAGAGGCUUUUGCUUCCAUUCUUUAUUAACUGUAAUUUAGUGUUAUAUUUCAACCUUGGCUAAUCUUGGCUAUGGUUUGUUUCAUAAACCAACUUCAUAACCCAUGAUAUGAAACAAGUUGGACUUGUUUCAAACCAUAGUGAAGUUUAACCACAGUUUUAUGAGGUUGGAAUGAUUUCCAGCUCAUGUCCACCCCAGAGGGAAGGAAUAAAUACACAAGCUUGAGGCGGCUUCUACCUCCGUCCCAACACAGCCACCCUUGACUUAUGUCUUGAACCAGCUUUGUCUUUUGUUGAGUACCAGCAAAUCCUUGACGUAUGGUCCAACCUUCAUUGAAUAGUUGGGAGUAUAGGACUGUGGGGAUGUAGAUUCAGAUAUCCUUGCUUAGCAAUGAUGCUAGGUGACUUUGAGCCAGCCCUAUACUCUCAUUGUAAAGUACAUCAUAGGCCUGCUGUGAGGAUAGACAGAAGAGAGAACAAUGCCUUGAGGAAACAUGGGAUUUAAUAAAUAAAUUGCCUCAAAAUAGACUCCCUUCUUAGAGCAUUACAAAAUAACUAGCUGACAAUGAUUGGUAUUCCAUUCAACAUCAAUGGGAAAGUCUUUCACCCUCAAGGAAGAAAAGAACGACUUUUACCAUUAUUAAGCUGAGAGCUAUCAUUGACCCUCAUCUCCCCUCUCUCUUUCCCUUGCGUGCUUAAGUUCAUUGUUUCUAUCAUGGUUUGUUUAAACCACAGUUCCCUUUUAGUUCCAAAUGUGUGAACUGUACUGUAAUCCUGGUUUCUUAGCUAGGAUAUGAAACCACCAUUUCUGCAGUAGCAGACUCACAAUUGGGAAGUUACAGAUAACACAGAAAGGUCAAACUAGGUUAUUGCAUGCAAGACAGUGCAAGCAAUGAUAAAAGACCAUUGCAGCAGCUCAGUACCCUGGAGCAGUUGAAGUUUGUAAGGGGAUAGCUCUACCCAGGCCUCUGUUGCUGAUCACCCUGAGGAGCAGUGGGUUAAAGAGCCCUUUGCCUGUGUCAGGGGGUGGAGCCAAUAUUGCUAGCUCUUCCACACUUGAUCCAUUUAUAAUAUGCCUCUUGGUAAACAUAAUGCUGAGCAGAAGCUCACAAUUUCUCCUUGUGGCAGCAGCUUUCCAUCAUAAGGACUGGUUAGCUUCUCUGUACAGCUGCCAUUAUUGGAAGCAGCAAUAUGCUUAAUGUUUGGUCCCUCAAAUCAAAAGUUGUUCUGAACCGGUCAUUCAUAAUCUUUAAUAGCUGCUAAAUUAGCUUUAACCUAGCUACUCAAAUUUUCUUUUUAUACCAAUAUAGCAAGUGUCUGUCAUUGGUGGGUUAGUUUUUAAAUUUGUUUUGUUUUUUAAAUCUUCCCUGGUUCGUAAUCCUAUAUUCUUCUAUUUUGUUGUCUCCUCCCUGCCUUCAAAAAAUGAAUACAGUCACUUAAAGUUGAAGCUAUACAUUCAACCUUUGCAUUGUGUGUUUUUUAAUUUCCUUAGAGAUUAUCCAGAUUAUUCAUAAUGGUUCCUUUCUGUUCUUUUAGUUGGAUACAUAUCAGAUAUUUAAGCUGAUAUUUUGAGAGGGUGGAAUCAUUAUUAAAUAAUGCAAGUGAAAGACUGACUUCAAGUUCAGAUGUAGUUUUCUCUUUGUAUGUGUUAGGAUGACAUUCUUACUUUUUGUGAGACUUUUCUCAGCUUUUCUUAGAUGGAUUAACAUGAUCUCUCAAGUGCGAAAGGAACACUGCAGCCAUAGGCCCUAGUCCAGUAACUUUUCUUUGCACAUGAAUUUCUCCCAUUUCUGGGAAUGGCAGCUGCUCCAUAGGCAACACAUUCCCAGGUAAGCGUUACAGAGAUCCACUAGGUUUGUCUGUCUCUCUGUAACGCUUACCUUGAAAUACCAUCCUGGAACACUUGCAUGAUUCUUGCAAUAUACCGUAUUUUUCGCACCAUAGGACGCACCGGACAAUAGGACGCACUUUGUUUUAGAGGGGGGAGAACAAGAAAAAAAAAAAUCUCCCCCUCUCUGCCCAGCGCCCCUUCAGCGAAGUGGCAGGAGGCGCUGUGCAGAGAGGGGGAGAACUUUCCCCCUCUUGUUUUCCCGCUCUAAAACAAGGUGCCGUUUAAGGUGCGUUCAGGCGGCUACCUUGGAAGCCUGGAGAGCGAGAGGGUCGGUGUGCACUGACCCCUCUCACUCUCCAGGCUUCAGGUUCCUUCGACCUGCUCUUUGGGGCUGGCGGGGAAGCCCACCACCAGCCCCAAAGAGCAGUUCAGGGAGCAGCGGAAAGGCGCAGCGGAGAGGCUCCUGCCAUAGCCGUGCGUCACCUCUCCAGCCGGGAGAGGGUCGCGGGGCUAUGGCUUCUUUAGCCCGCGCGCUCUCUCCCGGCUGAAGAGGUGACACGCGGCUAUAGAGGCUCCUGCCAUAGCCCCCGUCACCUCUCCAGCCGGGAGAGGGUCGCUGGGGCUGCUUCGCCCGCGCGCGCUCCCGGCUGGAGAGGUGACGGGCGGCUAUGGCAAGUGCCUCAAUAGCCGCCCGUCACCUCUCCAGCCGGGAGAGGGUCGCUGGGGCUGCUUCAGCCCGCGCGCGCUCUCCCGGCUGGAGAGGUGACGGGCGGCUAUGGCGCGUCACCUCUCCAGCCGGGAGAGGGUCACGGGGGCUGCUUCGCCCCGCGCGCUCUCCCGGCUGGAGAGGUGACGGGCGGCUAUGGCAAGUCACCUCUCCAGCCGGGAGAGGGUCGCUGGGGCUGCUUCGCCCGCGCGCGCUCUCCCGGCUGGAGAGGUGACGGGCGGCUAUGGCAAGUCACCUCUCCAGCCGGGAGAGGGUCGCUGGGGCUGCUUCGCCCGCGCGCGCUCUCCCGGCUGGAGAGGUGACGGGCGGCUACGGCAAGAGCCUCAAUAGCCGCCCGUCACCUCUCCCGCCGGGUGAGGGUCGCGGGGGGCUGCUUUCGCCCCGGGCGCGCUCUCCCGGCGGGCGAGGUGACGGGCGGCUACGGCAAGAGCCUCAGCAGCCGCCCGUCACCUCUCCAGCCGGGAGAGGGUCGCUGGGGGCUGCUUUCGCCCCGCGCGCUCUCCCGGCUGGAGAGGUGACGGGCGGCUAUGGCAAGAGCCUCAAUAGCCGCCCGUCACCUCUCCAGCCGGGAGAGGGUCGCUGGGGCUGCUUCGCCCGCGCGCUCUCCCGGCUGGAGAGGUGACGGGCGGCUAUGGCAAGAGCCUCAGCAGCCGCCCGUCACCUCUCCAGCCGGGAGAGGGUCACGGGGGCUGCUUCGCCCGCGCGCGCUCUCCCGGCUGGAGAGGUGACGGGCGGCUAUGGCAAGAGCCUCAAUAGCCGCCCGUCACCUCUCCAGCCGGGAGAGGGUCACGGGGGCUGCUUCGCCCGCGCGCGCUCUCCCGGCUGGAGAGGUGACGGGCGGCUAUGGCAGGAGCCUCUUUAGCCGCGCGUCACCUCUCCAGCCGGGAGAGGGUCGCGGGGCUAUGGCGUCUUCGCUCCAUAGGACGCACACACAUUUUCCCUUCAUUUUUGAAGGGAAAAAAGUGCGUCCUAUAGAGCGAAAAAUACGGUAAAUUGCAUGUGAACAUACUGUAAAGAAUAAUUUGGGGAUUUGAAAUGUCAGGCUUCCAUUUGUAUUCCCAAGAUAAAAUGUUUUAAACAUGAAUGCUGCCUGCUUUUGCUCAUCUUAUUUCUCUGUUUUAGGGAUCUGCUGACCCUCUAAACAGUGCUUUCCAUUUGACAUACAACAUGGUAUUAAAUCUGCUGCGUGUGGAAGAAAUUAACCCAGAAUACAUGUUGGAGAAAUCUUUUUACCAAUUCCAACAUUACAGAGCUAUUCCAGGAGUAGUUGAAAGUAAGUUAUGUGAAAUACUUAAUUGUUUCGUCAAUUUGCCGACCGUGAUUUAUAUUCCAUGGGCUUACCUGCACAGUAUUCGCCACAGAGCCAGUUGACCUGUUUCUAAUAAAUAUGAACUUAGUUAACAAGAACCAUCAUUCGCCCCAGUUGCCAGGAUCCUAAAAGCUUGGGAAUGUUCCAUGGAUUUUUUGGUCUUAUUUUCUUUUAAUAACAGGUGCCCGUGCCAAAUCAUAAGCUGCUUUUGCGAGUAACCUCCCUUUCAAAAGGAAUUUGCCAUCUUGCAUCUGGAGUGGGUGGAGGCAGGAGGUAGUUGUUGAGAGAACACAAGCCCAAAAUCUCCUUGGAUAUACAGUACAGGACUUAUUGCCCGCUUGUCAGAUCCCCAGCCACUGAGUAUAGCUGAAGGAAGGUUUCAGAUGUUCAAAUAUUUAACAAACCAAGUGUUGAAUGCUGCAAAUGCAGCUUUCUGACGAGCAUCCCUAUACAGUGCAUCUGUCUGCUGGCAAAAUUCUGUUGCAUUCACACUUUGUGUAUUAUAUUUUCUAGCAUAUCUUGAGUGUGCAUUUAAAUUGUAAAGAAGUCCUUGGAAGUGAGCAUCGAAUAUUCUCCAGCAAAAUAAUUUUUAAUAGUAAGCCAGUACCCUUCUCUGCAUGGGUGCAACACCCAGAGGCAGCCUCAUAGAGGAUAGAAGAAUGCUCUUUCACUGUCCCCCCCCCCCCCAAAUUGGCAUGCUGGCACUGCAUCAGGUUAUUCCCUGUAACACCCUGGGGUGUUGAGGGCCCCUGCCAGGAAGAGGAAGGAAAUGGAGGGGAAACGAGAUGCUCGGGGGGGGGGGGAGAUUCUUCUACAUAUGGAUAGUGUGUUUCCUUGAGGAAUACUCUUGCCCAUGGUUUGCCACAAUAUCGUGCGCUUCAUAUAAUCUGUUUAUUUUACAAUAUUUAUUUGCAGAGGUCAGUAAGUUGGAACAGCAGUACAAUGAGAUUGAAAUUCCAAAUGAGGAAAAUGUGGUCAUUUACUAUAAAAUCAGGCAACAGCUGGCUAAACUGGGUAAAGAAAUAGAAGAGUACAUUCACAAGCCAAAGUACUGCUUGCCCUUUUUACAGCCAGGGAGGCUGGUAAAGGUAAGUUGUUUCCCUCCCCCACUUCUUUGUUUUUUGUAAUGUGCAUUCUGCUAAAGUAGAAACACAAGCAUUUUACCAUCCAGUUCUUCUGGAUCAGAGAGCCAGUGUGGUGUAGUGGUUAAGAGCGGUAGUCUCGUAAUCUGGGGAACUGGGUUUGCGUCUCCGCUCCGCCACAUGCAGCUGCUGGGUGACCUUGGGCCAGUCACACUUCUCUGAAGUCUCUCAGCCCCACUCACCUCAUAGAGUGUUUGUUGUGGGGGAGGAAGGGAAAGGAGAAUGUUAGCCGCUUUGAGACUCCUUAAAGGGAGUGAAAGGCAGGAUAUCAAAUCCAAACUCCUCUUCUUCUUCUUCUUCUUCUUCUUCUUCUUCUUCUUCUUCUACGAGGCUCCUGUGCCACCAUAAUGUUGGGGUUUUGCACCUGUGGGUCUUAACACUCCAUUAAUGAGAUGCACAAGGUACAUUUAUUAACAAUAAGUAAUAGUAAUAACUACUAUAUAAUGAAACAUUUCAGAAACAGUGCAGCAUAAUAAAAGUAUUAAUAAUAUCAAAACAUGUCAUCAUACCGAGAAAAAUAAGCACAGGAAAGAAGAGGUAUCUCCGAAGUUCACAUUGUAAAUUUUGUUUUUAUUUGUGUUUUGUUCUGUUCUGGUUUUAUCUAGAGUUUCCUCCCCCCUCCCUCAUUCAUAUAAAUUCUAUGUUUUGUUAGGAGUGUGUUUCUGAGAGUUUUGCUUUAUGUGCGGUAUUUGCUUUAUCUGUUUGUUUCGGGACAUUUAGCAUGAUUAGGAAAAAAAAUAUUAUUUCUAAAUCUUAGUUCGUCAUUUCCCCCCUGAAAUUGGAAAAGUCAAUUCUAGUCUUGUUUAUAAAGAAAAUAUCUUCCUACUGUCACCCAUUCACAACUAGCUCCAGUAUGGGUCAUAUUGCUGCCUCUCUAAUACUAGGCAUUGCACUACAUAGGAGAUUAAUGUGAUAUAUCUUGAAAACUGAUAAUGAAAUGAUCCCACCCAACUGCCCACUAUUUGUGGGGUUAUCCUCCCCCUCCACAGCCAAAUGGGUUGUGGGGCAGAGAAAAGAAUCAGGGAAAGCCCUGUUGCAGUAGCUGACUUCCACUAACAGGACUAGUUACUUAAAUCCAGCCCAAAUGACCAGCGUAUUGCAGUUUGGCAGCUGUUUACACAUGUGGCUGUUACAUUUAUUGAUUGUUAAUUUUCUUGGCUUGGAUCCACAUUUGCCACCCCACAAACAGAAGGGCUUCUGCUGGAGCAGGGAGAGCGGCUGGUGUGUGCAAUUUUCACUGAUUUCUCGGCUGUCCUUGAAGUGAACAAUAUACAGUGGUGCCUCGCAAGACGAAAUUAAUUCGUUCCGCAAGUCUCUUCGUCUUGCGAGUUUUUCGUCUUGCGAUGCCCGGUUUCCCAUAGGAAUGCAUUGAAAAUCAAUUAAUGCGUUCCUAGGAAACCGCCUUCAGACCAGGUCCGGGGACAGUCUGUCCCGGACCUCUUCUGAAGGCUGGGGGGGCAAGGGCUUUCUUCCCACCCCCAGCAUUUUAAAAACCCGGGACAGCGGAGGACUUCUCCGCUGUCCGGGCGAUCUUAAAAUGCUGGCGGGCGGCAUUUAAAAUCACCCGGGACAGCGGAGGACUUCUCCGCUGUCCGGGGCAAUUCAAAGCCCCUGGGAAGGCAGGCAGGGGGACAAAGACUUUGCCCCCGCCAGCCUUCAGAAGAGGUCCUGGACCUCUUCUGAAGGCGGGCGGGGCGAAGUCUUGCUCCCCCGCCUUCAAAGCCCUCCGGGACAGGCAGGCAGGGGAGCAAAGACUUUCGCCCCCGCCCGCCUUCAGAAGGUCUUCCCUCCCCCGCCCGGCUCGGAGCACCGUUCCGAGCCGGGCGGCGGCGGAGGUCUUCCCUCCCCCGCCCGGCCGGAGCACCGUUCCGAGCCGGGCGGCGGCGGGAGGUCUUCCCUCCCCCGCCCGGCUCGGAGCACCGUUCCGAGCCGGGCGGCGGGGAGGUCUUCCUCCCACCGCCCGGCUCGGAGCACCGUUCCGAGCCGGGCAGAGGCGGAGGUCUUCCCUCCCCCCGCCCGGCCGGAGCACCGUUCCGAGCCGGGCGGCGGCGGCAGGUGUUCCCUCCCCGCCCGGCUCGGAGCACCGUUCCGAAGCCGGGCGGCGGCGGCAGGUGUUCCCUCCCCCCGCCCGGCCGGCGGAGCCUUCCGAGCCCGGCGGCGGCGGGAGGAGGUGUCCCCGCCCCGCCGCCAGGCUUCGGAGGAGGUCCGAGGACAGUGGGGAAGACGCGCUGCGCUUCCCCGCUGUCCCUGAGAUUUCCCUAUGGGCUGUCGUCUUGCGAAGCAAGCCCAUAGGAAAUUCGUUUGCGAGCGCCUCCAAAACGGAAAACCCUUUCGUCUAGCGGGUUUUCCGUCUUGCGAGGCGUUCGUCUUGCGGGGUACCACUGUAAUUACCAAGUUUCUUUCCAAAUUCACUUCUGGACUUGGUGAUCAUUUGCAACCGUCUGUAUUACAAAUGAUGUAAUUUCCCUUAAGGUCAGAAUAUGUUAUAAAUUAUUGUUUCAGAUGCAGCUUUAUAUACAAGCUUGAUUUUGAUUUUAGGUGAAAAAUGAAGAUGAUGACUUUGGCUGGGGCGUGGUGGUGAACUUCUCCAAGAAAUCAAAUGUGAAGGUAAAACAAUAUCCGAUGGCCUUUUCUUCCACUGGUAGAUAAAUAUAUACCUGACUGGAAAAAAAGCCAUAUUUUAAAAUGACACUUCAGAGUUCAUAACUAAUAUGCUACCAUCUGCUCAAGGAAUCCUGUAUUUCCCUGUGCUUUUUUUUAUUGCCAGUAUUAGAACAACUUUUCAUAUUUAGAUGCCAUGUAAACUCUUUGUUACUUUAAAAUAGGAAUAAUGUCCUCAGAUUUCCUAGCGCUGCCUACUCUCACUUGCUGUUUUGAUUAAUUUUUAAGAUACUGAUGGGACCCAGAUAAUUUGGAUAUUUUUUUUUAAUGGUGACAGGCUAACUUUGUAUUGUUAUUUUAACUUGCAUCUUUCUCUUUUCCCCUGUGUAACGCACGCUGUAUGUUACCAGCAGAAUUUAAAAAAGACUCCCUUUUGGAGUUUUCUGCAUGACAUACUUGGCUACCUGUUUUAAAGUGCAGCCAGUACUGAUGAUGUAACCGGGUAUUGGUUGUUUUGUGUGCCCUUAGAGUAUUUUAUGCAUAUGUCAGCCUGUUCCAAGUUUGAGUAAACAGCACAUGUUUUAACAUGUUGGCUUAAAGCUGCUUUUCCACAUAUGGGUUGCAUUUUCAAAUGCAGUUCAGAUGACACAAGUAAACAGAGCUCUUUAAACCAAAAUUAAAACAGCUGCUGUAAAUAUCUUUUGUACGAAAUAGGAUGGUAUUAUCCACAACUGUCUUUAUGAAUAAACACUUUGAUUAUUGGGUAAUCUAAUAGUGGAACAAAUCAUGUGUUUCUGUUUACAACUGGCCAUUUUAAAGCUAUCUGUGAUACAGUGUGAAAUUCUUCUAGUGUCUUCUGAUAGUCCUCUUCACAUGCUACCCCCUGUCAAGCAAAGCCUCUUUUCUUUUCUCAAAAGGAAGUGAGACGCAAAUAUCCAUAGCAUGCCGUAUGAUGAGGUGAGGUGUUUCACUUCUUGCCCUCUGAUUUGAUCCUAUGCCAACAGGCUUUUGCUGUAUCUGCCUUUUAUAUAUAAAUACUUGAAACGCAGCCAUUGGCAACUAAAUUGUGGUCUAGGUGAGCAACCACAGAUCCCUUUCUGGCAAAUACCUGCCCCUGGUUGCCUCCCAGCAUAGAGCGAAAUACCCCGCCUCUUCCAAGUUUUCUUUGCAUCAGGGAGAACUCUGAAUUGGCUUCACACUGUGCUGGUUGGGACUUGAGAGAGACAACAGUUGCCCAUCUCUCAAGUUCUUAGGAUUAGAACUUGGGGGAAGGAGGAGGUCUUCCAAGAUACUGUGAAAGAUUCUUACUGUUCAUGAGUGCCUCAAAAUCAGUGUGGGAAGAGAGGCCAGUUCCUUGCUUGAGCCUUCUGCACAUGCCAGUCAGUUUGGGGGUCGGGGAAGCAAAAAUCAGCAGUUACCACAAAUAAUAGUUGGCCCAAAACUACAACUCAGGUCACUUUAGGAGAAGCAGCAAUAUUGCUACAUAUUAGGCUUGCUAAAGCAAUCUGCUUUACUGGAUUUUGUCCUUCCUUAUCCAUAAUUUUUGUUAGAAGUUAAGCAGUUUUGUAUAUUUAAAAACUCCUGGAUGGGUAAUAUUUAGACCUGGUGAUUUGUCAGUUUUAGCUUUGUCAAUAAGGCCCUAGCUCUAGAACUUCAGCUCUCAUCACAAACUGCUGUCCUCAGUUCUUCAGAUUCCCUUCUUGGAAAAAACAUUUUGGCAGUUAUAUAAUUUGCCCUCCAUUUCCGCAGUGAAGAAAGAUGCAAUUAAGCUUUUAUACGUUUUAUGAAGGAAACCUUCUUGCCUCUAAGAGCUUCUUUGACUCUGUUCUUUAACUAUGCUAGUAUCCUUUUAGACCAUUUCAUGAUCUUCAGUAUACUAACUGAGCUUCUGUUGUGAUUUUGAAUAAUCCUCAAGCUUUCUGGAGUUUUGACCCUCUUCAAAUUUCCUGUCAAAUUAUGGCAGAGAGCCAUAGACUGAGUGAUCUGUGUAGCUAUGGAUCGAAAGAGGCUCGCAAACAAAAGCUAAUAAUUCUUAACAACCUGCCAUAGCAAAGAUUGACUUCAUUUGAUCAAGAGCCUUAUAGUCUACCUCGGCCAAGGAGCUAUUGUGGAUUUAUAUCAAUAUUCUCAGGUUUAUAUAGAAUAACAACAUGUGGAGCUAUAUAAUUUGAUAUUAGUCAAAGAAUAUUUAGAACUUAACUAAUGGAAACAUUCUUGUUUCUCACGCUUCUUUUACUAGUGUUAAAGAAUAACUCCUUAUUCAUACUAACUUGGUUUCUUGCUACCACUGUAGCCUAACUCUGGUGAGCUGGACCCACUCUAUGUUGCUGAAGUCCUCCUGCACUGUAGCAAAGAAAGCUUAAAAAAUUCUGCAACUGAAGCUGCAAAACCAGCAAAACCCGAUGAAAAAGGGGAGAUGCAGGUGAGAUCCCCCCCCAUAAAGUAAUUAAAACAACAAUUGUAUGGCUUUUCACUUUUUGAAAUAUGGCAACCCUAAGUAUGGAAGAACGAUAGACAUACAUUGAUAAUAACAAGUAGGUCCCAUGUCACUGCCUGGGGAUAAGUGUGGACUCAAACGUUUGCUGAAGAGUGGUUUGCUUCUCAGUGGAAAUCACAGAAGUGGUUUUGAUGUAAAAGAUGGUGCAGUGGUCUAUGGGUUGUGAAAGUCUAACUCGAUGAAAUUGCAUCUUGCAGCAUUCCCUGCUGGGUAGAUGGGUGAUCAAGUUAUUCACAUAACUAUAAGGGUCGUCCCUAAAGUAGGAAGGAAUGCAGCUGUGUACAAUAAAUGCAAUAGGUGUACAACCAAAUGGAAAAAGAUUAAGAUAAACCCAGCUAUUAUCCAUGAGGGUUGAGCUGCUCAGCUUGCUCUGAAAGUAUCCCAGCCAUCUUUCUAAAGAACGGCCCAAGGCCAUGUGCAGUAAGUAGCAGAUGUUAAAACACUGCUAUAAAAUGGCACAAAAGUGUUGACAGACUCUUCUGAUUCCAAAUUCAGCCCCCCCCCCCAGCCACCCUCCAAGAGGCAGUUGGUAACUAGAUUUAAGUUGAUCAUACAAUUCUGCAAUGUAAUGCAUUGGUUUUUGCUUGGGAUUUAAAAAAAAAACACAAAUAACUUCCCCCCCAUCUUAUAUGCAAUUCCUUGCCUGGCUAAUAAUACGUUUAGCCAAUGAAAAACUGUUGCAUUUUCAUUUCUUAAUUUUCCACCAUCAUUUGGGGUUAACUUUCAAAUGUACAUAGCUAUAUUCACAAGUGAUUUGUAAAAAUGGGAAAUGGCCUAUAAUUUAUAGUCUGUGUAUUUUAUCCCAAGACUUAGAAAUAUUGCAUGAACUAUUAGGUAGCUAGAUGGAUUCUUUUACAUCCAUAGCUUGUCUUCCUUCCUUUUUCUGUGCCUUAACCAUUCUCUGACAGCAUAACAGUGAGUUUACAUAGAACAGAGGGUGCAUAACAGUGAUUUAGAACUCUUUGGCUAAAGCAACCGUAGCAAAGUUACUUCAACUCCCAUCUCCCCGUGCCCUGAAAAAAAAAAAAGAUUAUUCAAGCUUACAGCAGGCUUCAGUGGUAAAUCCCAAGAUCUGCCCCUUAAUAUUCUGUUGACUUUUUAUUUAUUUUUAGGCGGGCUCUGAGAGUCUGUUAAACUAUUUGUUGGCUUGACAGGAGAAAAAUUCCCUUUUUCAUGCAGCCAUUAAACAUUAAAGACAUUUUCCCUUCACUUCAUUCCAACACAGAGUUGACAAUUUAUUUUGUGGACUUUAAGAAGAAGAAAAAAAGUGCCUUUGCCAUAAUGAAACUAUUCCAGUUGGCCCCAAGCUAGGCACAUUCUGUCACUGAGCAUUGUUAGAAGAUAAUUGUAGUGACUCCAUUUGGGUCAGUUGGAGACGUUCUCCUUUCAGGCAGAGUUGUAAAUAUGAAAUCAUCAUUUAGAUGUCAUCAUUUUCCAAUAUAUCUUAAAACAGAAUUUAUUAUUUUUGGAGCUUGCCUCUCCCCCUCCCCUCUUCAGGAAAACUACUUGUGGAGCUAAUUGAACAGACUACGUAGGAAAUCAAUGCUCAAAUGAAUGCUGUAGUUCUUAACACAUGCAAUAGGCACUAUUUAAAUACACAUGUGUAGCAUGAUCCCUGAAAACUCUACGUGUAGAGAAGUCUAGGCUAUGCUCAAUGUAUGCUGUGCACAAAACAAUAUAACUGCUUAGCAAUCUGAGAUUAAUGUGCAUUUUUAGUUCAUCCAUCACCAUAUGUUUUAAUAGGUUGUUCCUGUUUUGGUGCAUCUUCUGUCAGCAAUCAGCAGUGUUCGCCUAUAUAUUCCCAAAGACCUGAGGCCUCUUGAUAACAGGCAGAGCGUGCUGAAGUCAAUACAGGUACUAUAACUUUGAAAAGCUGAAAGUGCAUAGCACUUCUUUUCCAAAAACAAAGUACUUCACAUUCAUGAUCUAGUUGUUACCCUUAUUGUAAGAUAAGUCAGUGUUGUUAUUGCCCAUAUCAGAUACCUAAGACCACUGUGAAGUUCAUGGCACAGGUGAACAUUCGAACUCGAGCGUUCAUUAUUUGUAGCCCAGUCUGUUAACCCAUACAUGAUAUCAACUCUCAGAGAUCUGAAAACAUCUUCUUUAUGCCAUGAUGCAAUAGAGAUCAUACUUUUAAACACUUUUUUAAAAAAACAAACAUUUGCUUUUAUCUGUCUUUUCUUUUAAGGAAGUGCAGAAACGGUUCCCUGAUGGCGUUCCUUUGCUGGAUCCUAUUGAUGACAUGGGCAUUAAAGAUCCAGGUCUGAAGAAAGUAAUCCAAAAAAUAGAAGCGUUUGAGCACAGGAUGUAUUCUCACCCACUUCACAAUGAUUCUAAUUUGGAAACUGUGUACAAACUUUGUGAAAGAAAAGCACAGGUAAGGAAAAGCUUUUCAGGUGCAUCUUAUUUUGGAGGGACAAUAAGGGGGUGAUAAGAGCACCCAUUUUGCAUACAGGUGAUCCCAGACUCAGUCCCCAGCAUCUUCAGUUUAAAAAAAGGUGGUGGGUGAAGUGAGAGACAUCUGGCCAAUCUGCUGACAGAUAGUGGAUAAUAUUGCACUAGGUGGUCAAAGAAUCUGUCCUGGUUAUUGGUCCUGUCAAUCAUUCCAUUAGCCUUCAAGCAAUGGGCCACAUAAGUACACAGGUAAAUUGGUGGUAGUUCCAGAUAAUUUGAGGAUGGAAUAUCUCUCGGAAACACAUUGCUGAAACACUUUUGUGACUUGGAAAUGAUAGAUUUUCCUUUCAUACCCAGAAGCUCAAGGCAGAUUCACUGUGUAGUCUUACUCUAAAAUGAGAGCAAAACAUAUGCAUCUCAUCUAACAUGAAGGGUGCUCACAUGUCUACACCAUGACUUUUGCCUUCAAAAUGCUUGCAGGCAGGGCAAUGCCACUCUGAGUAACAUUAAAAGCAAAAAGACACAAUUUAUGUCUGUGUGUAUGUUUGGUAAUUACAAGCAUGUAUGUGAAUAUUGCAUUUGAGUACAAGAACCAGUUGUAUAAACAUUAUCAUAAGAGCUGCUCUGAGAAAUUGCUGCAUUUGAUAUUCUUCCAGAUCAGAUUGGCAUAAAGAAUUGGGAAGGCUUAGGGUUUUCGGGCUGGUGGUGACUGUCUUUUCACUUUCCCACAAGGCUCUUGUCCUUGAUGGAAGUGUGUCUGCAGGCAUCUUGGUGUAGUGCCUCCUGUGGUCUGGAUAGUGUCAAUUAGUCUUUACAGGGCUAAGAAUUCCAGCUGGGUUUGUUUUGUUUUUUCUCAAAUCGUAGUCUUAUACUUGAGCAUACAUCUCUUGCUCCAUCCCAUCAGACCAGUGCUUAGAAGCAGCGAUGUGCUGGUUGUGAGCCAAUAAGUGGAAGCUGAAUCCUGAUACAACAUGGGUGUUAUGUGUCCCGAGUUCCCUGUUAGGUGGGGAGAUGGCCUGUUCUGGACAGUGUUGAAAGGGACCUCUUGGGGUUACUACUGGAUCCAGCAUUAUCACUGGAGGCUCAAGCAACUAUUCCCCCUUUUCAACAGAAAUGACUUGGUCACUCUGCUCCAUGCUCUGGUAACUUCCAGGUUGGAUUAUUGCAACACAUUCCACGUAGGGUUCCCCUUGGAAACUUUUAACUGGUCCAAAAUGCAUCAUUUAGAACUCAUAUAACCCCUGCUUUAAAACAGCUGUGCUUGUUACCAGUUUAUUUCAGGGACCAGUUCAGAGUGCUCAUGUCAGCAUUCAAAGCCCUAAAUAACUUAGGUCCAAAUAUCUGAAAGACCACCUACUUUUUUACAUACUCUGUCAGGGAUUGAGAUUGGCAGAUGGGGCCCUUUAGGUAAUUUUGCCACCCAUUGAAGUUCCAGUAGGGGGGGUUGCCCAGGAGAAGACAGUCCCUAAGCUCUGAAUUCCCUCCUCACAGAGUGGUUCCUUGGCCCUUUUAUUCUCAGGACCACCUCUUUACUCUGACAUUGACAUCUGGGAAAUAUUUUUCUAGUACCCACUUUGUUUUGAUUGUAAGCUGUUCUAACUGAUUUUAAUAUUGUAUUUUCACACUGUUGUAACCUGCCCUGGGAUAUUAUGGGGAAGGGUGGGUUAGAAAUCUUAUCAGUAGUUAUGAUAGUAAUGCAUUCUUUCUGUGGAAAAUUCUUCAACUUUUUUUGUUUUGUUGCUCACAAAUCUGUUUCUCCCUUUGCUUCACAGAUGUAUGGGUGGAUAUGUGGCUUGUGGAGAUUGAAGUUUUACAUUCACAAUAAACUUUGUUUUUUUUCUAGGAAGCAGGGUCAAAAGUGUCUUAAUGCCUGAUUUCUCGUAACACCUCUUUGCUUGUGUUUAACUUCAGAUUGCUGUAGACAUUAAAGCAGCAAAACGAGAGCUGAAGAAAGCCAGGACUGUUUUACAAAUGGAUGAGCUCAAGUGUCGUAAACGUGUUUUGAGGAGGUUGGGUUUUGCAACCUCCUCGGACGUCAUAGAGAUGAAAGGGCGAGUCGCUUGUGAAAUCAGCAGGUAACAUAUGUUACUGUUGUAGAAAAGACAGGCGAACAGAUGUUUGUAUGCAGUUUUCCUCUUAUCUUUGUGUAAUACAGUGGGACAUUCUGACACUAAGGAAAAAUCUCAUGUUAAAACAUAUGGGGGGCGGUAUUGAAGUGAUCCUAGGUUAUUGAAAGUAAAACACAGGAUACGUUUGAAGGACAGAAAAGCACAUUGAGGCUGGGAUCCAGAGAACACCAUGAAUCCAGCAGAGCUUUGGUUUGUGUUCUUCCAAACAGCAGCCCCCACAUAGCCACUUAAGCAAACUACUUUGGAAAUUGCAGGUCCUUUCAGAAGCAGUUUAUUUGAAAUACUUUUACCCUACCAUUUAUCAGGGUGGCACCAGGUAUCUCCUGCUCAAAGGAAGUAAAGUCAAAAUUUGUAUUGGGUGGGCCCAGUUUGUGAGCAUACCUCAAACCACUGUCUGGAUCCUACUUUAAAAUGUGAUGUCAAAGAUACAUGGUAUCUACUCUUUAGAUCCCUAUAUUAGUUUAUAAAACAAAUAUUAUGGUGUUUGUGUAAAUCAUCUAGGAGUGGCACUCACUCUCUGAUAGCAACACCUUAACAUAUUUUGAAUAUUCAACACUAUCAAUUGGUACAAAAAAGCUGCAAACCCAGAACAAGAAUGUGAAAUCUGAAACUUUAUGCGACUUCUUUGUGUUCAGUGUUUAGAUUCUCCAGAGUGUUCCAUUACAGGAGGUGGACUCUCCUUCCUUGGAGGUUCUUAAGCAGAGCUUGGGUGUCCAUCUGUCAUGGAUGCUUUCACUGAGAUUCCUACAUUGCAGGGGGUGGGACUAGAUGACCCUCUGGGUCCCCUCCAAAUCUAUGAUUGUAUAUUAACUUGCAUCUGAAAAUCAGAAGUGUUUUUUUAAAAGGUAUCUUGGUUUAGCUUGGCAGAAUUAACCCUAUAUAUGUUUGUAAUAGUAACCAUUAGAGCAUAGAAAAUUAUUUAGAAGCUUGGUAUAUGGUCCUUUUUUAAUUUUGUUCUUUCUCUCCAAAUAAACAUGCUUAGCCAAGUUUGUUUAUUCCCUUCAGUCUCAUAAAAUACACUGGGCAGGAUUCAGCUGGUGAGCUGUUAGUGGAGGCCCUGCACCAGGGCUUCUGCUCAUGCACUGGCCCCUUCCUUUUUCCCCAAGCACCCCCAGACAUUGGCUGGGGGGCUGGGUGAAUCUCCAGAGGAGCACAUGGGAGGAGGCUAGCGGGGAUCGAUCCAUCUAGCAAGCCAAAACCCUUACCCCCCAUAGUUCUGGCACCAAAGUGCAGUGUAGAUUCUGUUCUUCUGGCUUAAUCUCCUCGCUUGCUUGCUUGCUCCCUCUCUUUUUCUCAUUGGUAGUGGAAGGGCACUUUCUGGGUUAAAUGUCUUUAUUAUUAAUUCUUCUGCCUUUUGAACAGAAGCUACUGAUCAGUUUUCCAGAAAAUUGCUUUCAAAUGUAUAAAAGGCGAAGAAAUAUCUAACACUGUCGAUUGCAUUUCCUCUUCCAGUGCUGAUGAGCUUUUGCUGACAGAAAUGAUGUUCAAUGGUCUUUUCAAUGACUUAUCUGCAGAACAAGCAACUGCUUUACUAAGCUGCUUUGUAUUUCAAGAAAAUGUAAGUUAAGUUUGCAUAACCAGAAAAACCUAAAUUUGAUCAGCCGUAAUUUAUAUCUAAAUGAAUGUUUUGUUCUACCUUGCUUUCUAGCCAGAAAAGGGGGCUAAAAAGCAUUUGUAAAACUAAUAUACAACCCUAGAUUCAAGGUUCAUUAAGCUACAAAAAUGGGCAUGGUACAUGCAGGAUCAGACACUACCAUGCAGGGAGGGCAAGAGAGUGCUGGACCUUCACUGGGUUGAGAUUUCCUCCUGAUAAGUAACACCAGAGGAAGUUGGAAAUGGUCAGCAUACAGAACCAGAGCAGAGAAAAAGGAGUUUAAAUGGCACCCACAACAAUCAAGACAUCUCCUUCUACUGAGUUCCUUGUCUCAAAAUGAUUUUUUAAAAACUCAGUUGUUUUUAUUUUAAUUUUCCUAGCUGUUUUUAUUUUAAUUUUCCUAUAUUAUAAAGUGCAUUCCAAAAGUGUCAUUGGUCAGGAUCCAGAAAGUUUUAUGGAUGAGAAGAAAGCAGUUCUGUACAUUCACAAAGAAGUUUCUCCCCCACACCCUAAAACUGUGUUGUCCUGCAUUGCAUCCCAUAUUGCUGCCAAAGGAGCCCCUGCCCCUCUGAAGAACAUAAGCGGAAGUGGAUGUGCACAUGAAACACCCAAAGUUUUUGCAUAUAUUCAGUAGAGAGGAAAAAGACACUUCUCUGAAAGGCGGAAAUGAAAAUGCCAAAUAAAUAAGUAUCAGAAACUGAGGUGGAAUCCACUGUUGUGCAGGUGGACUUCUUCUCAGUGUGUGACUUCGCUUUCCUCUCCUCCCACUUCAGCCCCCUACGCACCCCCCAGAAUCUGCUCUGGAGGGGUCCCCUAAUCAUCUGGAGCAGGUACUGAGGGCAUGUGGCAGGCUGCAUAGAAGAGGAAGGUGAAGGCUGUUCUACUUUUGCAUGGCCAGUGUUCAGUAUUUCUUUCCCCUCGUCAUUCAGUUGCAUUUUUCAGUGAUAAAUUAUUUGUAAUCACUGGCUUCUAUGUCAAAUAUCUAAAGAGCAUUUUUGAAAUUCUGUGGUUCAGUGGUAAUCUCAAAGUUUAUUUUUGUUCCAAGUAGAUGUGUUGUAAUAUAUUGGCAUUGGGAUAAUAUUUCACUGAAAAGAAGUCCAGAGGCCCAUAUUCUGGACUGAAGUUUGGCACUGCUCUUAUUAUUGGUCUAUUUUCUGUAAAAGAAGCUUUCUUGGGAGUGUUAAAGGAUCGAUGAGCACACUCCACCAAGCAUUUGAUCUCACACAUUCUCUGCUUGUUUCAGACUUUGUGCACCAGCUUACAUAACUUGUGGUCUUUAGAGAAAAAAAUAUAAAUUAAAUAAUGCCAAAUGAAUGGAUAUUGAUGCUUUCUUCAUCUUUUUUUCAGUCUAGUGAAAUGCCCAAACUAACAGAACAGUUGGCAGGCCCCCUUCGCCAAAUGCAGGUAAACUUCAGCAGAUUUUUCUGGCAUAGGAAAUGCCACAUUCAUUACCAAAUGGUUUUACAAGCCAUUAAAAGUCAAUUACCUUCCCUUUCCUGCUCUGCAACCUAAACGUACACCAUAGUAUGUAUUUGAGAUAUUGCACUGGCACAGCUCUUGACAUGCCUACACAUCAUGCUAGCUUGGUACAUUUAAAAAUUAAAUUUUAUGGGGUGUUUGGGAUGAUAUAAUCCAAAAUCUUUCUUGAUAUCUUUUAAAGUUUGUCUUUAAAUUUUAACACCAUUAAGAUAGCUUGAGGGUGAGGGGAGGGCUUUUGGAAUAUUUUAUCCAAUGAGGGUUUUUGCAUACUAGUGACUUAUCCAAUAUGGUUUUUGUAUACCAGUGAGCUACAUGAGCCUGUUAAACUAGCAUUUUCUUCUAUGUUUACUUAUGAAGGCCCAUGAGGACAUCUGCCGGGCAGUCUCCACUUCCUCAGUGGCUGCAUUUAGAUUAACAAACCAAGAUACUGCUUUGUAAACUGCCUGGACAUUUUUCAUCAGAAAUCAGUCUAUAAAUGUUGCAAAACAAUUAUCCCUCAUACAUCUCACACACAGCUGCUCUGCUCCUCUCAUCAGGAGCCAGGAAAUCUCCAGUUAACUAGUUUCCUAUUACAUCCAAACUGGAAGGUAUGAUAAACGAACAAACCAAGGUGGUUUAAAUUUGUCUUAAUGUCCUAACUUGUUUGGAUGCCGUUAGUCAUAGCUUUCUGGUUUAGAUGUAAAGGAAAAUGAUCACUAUCUGAUGUGUUCCUGGCUUGCUCACUUGUUUGAAGCGAGGAGUGAAGCAGGUAUGUAUGAGGCAACACAAUCAGUGUGCCAGUGUGGUGUAGUGGUUAAGAGCGGUAGUCUCAUGAUCUGGGGAACCGGGUUCGCGUCUCCGCUCCUCCACAUGCAGCAGCUGGGUGACCUUGGGCUAGUCACACUUCUCUGAAGUCUCUCAGCCCCACUCACCUCACAGAGUGUUUGUUGUGGGGGAGGAAGGGAAAGGAGAAUGUUAGCUGCUUUGAGACUCCUUAAAGGGAGUGAAAGGCGGGAUAUCAAAUCCAAACUCCUCCUCCUCUUCUUCUUCUUAUUUCCCUUCAUGUACCUGCGUGGGCCUUAAGUUACUCGACAGAGGCCUUGGUCUAGGUCGCCCUGGGAAAUGAGGUGAAGUGGGUGGCUGCUGGGAAGUGUAGCUUCUUGCCCAUGGCACCCUGACUGGGAAGUUGACUCCAUGGAGCAGCUCUCCUGGCUCUAUGGUCUUUUUAGCACCAGACCUUUGAAUUUCUCCAGGCUUUUUAUACAACUAAUGUGUCAACAGAGUCUUAGCUUUCUGUGCAAGUUGUUUUCUUUUUCAAAUUGAGCUUCUUGUCAGUUGUAUUUUCCCUUAUCAGAAAUGAUGUUUUUAAUCUUGUUUUUGAACAUUGAAUUUUCUUGUUCUUUUGUAAGCUACCUACGGAACAAGCGGGCCAUAUAAAUCUAGCGCUGCUGCCACUGAAAAAAAGAAUCUCAGCUUGUUAACAGUCAAUUGUCUGGCGUGCAUAUUUCAGGAAGAUAACUUUCAUUUGGUUUUUCUCGAAUUUUCAAAAUCCUCUUUAAAGGAAUGUGCAAAAAGAAUCGCUAAAGUGUCCGCAGAAGCUAAAUUGGAAAUUGACGAGGAAAACUACCUGAAUUCGUUUAGGCCGAACUUGAUGGAUGUCGUGCACACAUGGGCCAAUGGAGCAACGUUUGCUCACAUAUGCAAAAUGACAGAUGUCUUUGAAGGUGCGUGCACUUGUAUUACUACUGAUGCAUCAGAGGUGUGGGAUGGUAGGAUAGUACAGUUGUUUGCAUGACAACAGUCCCCUCCACUGAGGCCUCCUAAUCAGCAGCCUGUGGGAGAAUCUUUCUCUCUUGUCUCUCCUCCACAUGGCAUGCUUUCUGCUCCUAGUCUUUUUUCUCUUUCUCCCCAGUGUGUCCCUUGUGUUCUGUAUCUCUCAGUGAGCAUAAAUGUAGACAGCCUGAUCCUUGGUUCCAUUGAAUUCAGUGAAGCCUACUCAAAUGUCAACUAUGCAUAGGAUCGAAACUGUCUUUUAACCUUGUGUGGUUGGUACAAGAGGGAGAAUGAGAAGUUGUUGUUGCACCUUGUCCCAGGUGCUUUGAUUGCUUCCCAGCCACUAGCCAUUUCUGCUAUCUUUGCAAUGAUGGCAUGGAUUUUGUGCUGUAGCAGUCAUCACUUUGGAGGCAGCAGAAAUGUUAUUGGGGGUAAAGAAUAAGAGAGGCUUGAAGUCACUUGUGUCAUAUACACAAUUUAUUUGGUUGCAGUGAAGCAGGCAAUCAAUUCUGUGGAUGGUUGCAUUUGCAAAUGCCAUAUAAAAAUGUCCCCCACCCUCCUUUCCCAUGCAGAUAGGUAGUAGCAGUAAGUCUUGCCCAAUAAGUGAACUUUUUGCUGCUAGCUGGAGAUGGAGACUUGCUCGAUGGGCCAAGUUUGACAUGCAGCAUCAGGCAGGGUGGGAUAAUUAAGCUUUGUAAGCUGCCCACAGUAGCAAUUUUCAUUGGUAGGGUAGAAAUUAUAUAAAACACAGACAAGGCACUUACCAUAGUAGCAUAACCCCAAACCACCAUCACACCCAUUUUUGCAAACGCAGAGUAAAUGGCACAUUCUUGUUUCCAUAUGGCAGAUAAGCAAUCCCUUUAACAGAAGGAGUAAAUACUGAGAGAAAGGCACUUUUUCUUUUUGUCAUGACAAAGUCCAUCUUAAGUGAAAUUUCAGUGGCCAUGUACAUCAUGUUGUGGUUGAGAGACUGGAAAGUAGAAAGUUCAUAUAGUUCAGUAUGUCUAGCAGAAAGGCAGAUGGAGUAUAUUUAAAUGUCCUUUACUCCAUACACACAUCCUCUGUUUUAACCAUACAAAAAUGCUUCUGUGGAUGUAAAAGUGUUCUUGGUUGCAUUUUCAUAAUGAGCCCUGUAAGAGAAGUCAGUCUAUACAACCAAAGUGAUGGUUUGCUCAGAAUACAGCAUGCAGCAAACCCUUGGAGGAUAUAUCCCAGCUUCUUUUGGCUCAGACUUCUGUCUUUUUGGUAAUUGACUCCAGGUGGCUUUUUACUAGAGUUGCUGGAUCCGGAAUCAAAUGAUUAAAUUUAAUCUCUUGCUGAGACUGGCUGAUAAAACUUUGAUUUCAUUUCUUUUUAACUUACAAACUGAGAAGAACACACAUUCCUAGCCUAUAGAUUUCCACACCUUAUACCUGCUCCACCAUGUAUCUAAAUGUAUCCCAUAAUCUUUGAAAUGAAGCCAUUCAUUUUCUUCAUGUACACACUACAAAAAUAUGCAGGAGGUUAGGAAGAAGGAAGCUUGGUACCCUGCUUCUUAUGAUGGGGUAGCCUGAGAGCUGCAAUGAGAAGUCUGUGCAAGAAGAAUAAGUUAAAACCAUUGCCUUAGGUUUUCUGAUAACACAAGUUAGGAAAAUUAAUAUUCAUGACCUUAUGAUUAUCUGUUUGGGGGAAAACUAUAGGACUGAGAUGUUUCAGUCCUGCUUGAGUAGACAGCUUUACAACUACCUGGUAGAAAAGGAUCUGCUAUUCCUCAUUAGAAAAUGUCUGCUUUUACUGCAAGCCCUUUUUUGCUCAUGCAGGGAGCAUAAUACGCUGUAUGAGGCGGCUAGAAGAAUUGCUUCGACAGAUGUGUCAAGCAGCAAAGGCCAUUGGAAACACAGAACUGGAAAACAAAUUUGCAGAAGGUCUGUAUGUUCAGCUUCUUAUAAAUUGCAUGCAUCUUGAAAUGUAGAGUCUUUUCACAGGCAAUUUUAAAUUUCUUAAACAAGUCAGAGUGUCCCUAAUGUAUUAAUGGUAGGUUCCAUGUAUCCUUUAUCUGCUGUGAUCCAAUUCUUUAUGGAGCAGAUAACUGGAAAGCCCUUGAUGUCUCCACAGCCCCCUCAAACUAGUUAUACACACAUUUGAGAUGGAAACUGGGGAAAUGAUACUCAAUUUGAAAUUGAUACUGAGCUUCAACUCAGGUGCAUUGUUAAUAUAUCCCCUGUUGCUAGUAUCGGCAAUAGGUACAGCUACUCUUAUGACAUCAUAUUAUUUUCUUCCCUUAACAGGCAUUACCAAAAUCAAGAGAGAUAUUGUAUUUGCUGCAAGUCUUUACCUAUAAGUAUUGUCCUGGCACACCGUUUGAACAUCACUCAUUAUUCUUCAGAGCCAGAAGUGUAAAGUUAGUGACAGAAUCUGCCAAUCCUUCCCAAGCAGGAGAGAUGCUUAACAUUCUUGUAUGUAUUUCACCAUAAGCCUCAUGCUAGCAAGCAUAUUACAUACCAUUGCUGUUUGUACAUAAGUGUUACCACAUUAUUUUUAAUUAAAAAAAACAGCCAGAAUACUGUGUGUUUAAAGCAAAAGCUUGAACCAAUAGAGAUUUAAAGUUUAGAUACCUAAGUGUUACUAUAUACAUGUAAAGUGAGCAUCCAAGAAGUAUAAUAGCAGCAGCAGUCCCUUCAAGAGGCAUUUAAUUUAUUUCUUUACAUAGGUCAGAAAUGCUUGACGUUUUCUUUUUAUAGAAGGGGAGAUUCCACAGGGUAAUAGCUGUUGACUUUAUCAUGGCUGGUGAUUACUGCCAUAGUGAUUUCCACUGGUAGGUGUCUCGUGUAAGGUUGUGUGUGAAUCUUCUUCCUCCUUCUGUUUAAAUGUAUGACCUCUGUCUUUGAAGAAAUCAGAUACAUACACAACCUGGAUAAACAAAUUGAACACAUUAGGCAGUGAGACAGCUGUCAGAGAGAGACAGUACAACAAAAUGAUUCUUUAAAUAUGCCUAAUAUGUCUGGACAGUAUACCAAUAAAUUGUCUGAAACUGGUAUGGCAAUCAAAUUGCCAUACCGGUUUCAGACAUUUUGAGCUGGCAAUACAUUGUGGUGGUUGGGGAGCUGAGGGCCACAGCACAAUGGUAGCUUCACCUGGUGGUAUAUCGCAGGUGAAGCAGCCACUGCUCCUGAGUCCCUCUGCCACCAUACAGCAGAUAGUUUUUUUAAACUUAUCCACACUCCCACAAGCUGGAGGUGGAUGGCUUAUUCAGCUGAGAAGCAGGCUUCCUUAAACCGUCCCCACAAGCCAGAGUGGGGGCUCAGCUGUGCGCUCCCUCAGCAGAGCAGUUUAAAGAAGCUGUGCGUCUGAACCGCCUUUGCACAGGGAUGUGGGUGGGCUACCUCUUGCCAAGGCAAGUGUUCACAGGGCUGCCUUAGCACAGGUGGAGCUAGGACUACUCCUUCCAGGCGCCAGGCAUUGGAGGAAGAAGCAGUUUUUCCCACCCGAUGCCGACAGGAAGAGGCAGAAACUGCACACCAUGACAAUAAUCGUCUCCAUGGCCAGUAAUUGCCUUCUUCCUCCCUGCCUCCUUUCCAACAUUGUAACAUACUACCGUAUCAGGAAGUUUAGUUGGUGGUAUUUACAGUGUUGGAAAACAGGUAUUGACUAGCUCAAAUUGCCUGCCUUUCAGACAGAGAGGUAGACAGAGCUUGAGAAGGUGAUUGCCUACAACCUUCUCACACUUCAUCUGCAGGGCUGCCUCUGGUUUACAUGAGCCGGAGGGUGGGUGCUUAAUCAGCUGAGGGAUGGGUGGGAGGCUGCCCACCCCGCAGCUGAUCAAGCCUCCAUACACGCAGAGGCACCCAGCACUCUAGGCAAUGUAUCUCGGUUGAAUCUUCAUCCCCUAAGGUGGGGAGAAAGCAGCAGCUGAGAUAUGCUGAUAUAUCAUGAUGUUGACAAUAUAGUGCGGUAUUUACCGUAUUUUUCGCUCUACAACAUGCACCCGACCAUAACACGCACGUAGUUUUUAGAGGAGG